AUGCAUUUCUUUUUAAAAAUAACUCCCUGCUGGAUAUUUUUAGUAGGUGAGAUCCUCUGAACCUUUCCUGAACACCCAGAUCAAUUCUGUUCAAUGUGAAUUUUUCCCCCUCCCCUCCAUUUCUGCAUUCACUUCUUCCUGUUUGCCUAAGGGGGAAACUUCCCCCAGAGGGAUGUACCCAGAAAGCCAGAUACUCUCUUUGCCCUUUGUUAUCAAUAUUUUCUUCCCUGAGUUAUCCAGUAAAAGUGGUGGAGGAGGAGGAAGAAGAAGAAGAAGAAGAGGAAAUAAGAACCGCAAACAAUUUUCCUGACUGAUGAGCAACUGCCCAAGAAUGGAAACAGAUCAUAAAAAUGUCUUGUCUAAGGCUGGAAAGCAUUCCAGUGAUCCGUCGUUAGUAUUACUGUAAUAUGUACGGUAAUUGUUCUGAAAUAAAUGAGGAAGGGUACUGGAAGAAGCAAAGAUCGCCAGUGUUGAAGCAAUGAUUCUUCAACAUCAACUUCGUUGGGCUGGUCAUGUUGUGGGGAUGCCCGAUUAUUGUCUUCCAAAGCAACUACUCUAUUCUGAACUUAAAAAUGGAAAGUGCAAUGCUGGUGGUCAACAAAAGAGGUUUAAAGAUUGUCUCAAGGCAAAUUUUAUAAAGUGUAGUAUAAACACCAACAAUUGGGAAACACUUGCCUGCGAGCGCUCCAAUUGGAGAACAGUCUUGACCAAAGGUGACAUGGGCUUUGAAGACACUCAAACUCAGGACACAAGGGAGAAAUGUGCUAAGAGGUGGACUAUAUGGAAUUGGCUGAGAUGACCGGCAGAAUUCGAGACCAGGGAGAAGGGUCGAUGGAAGAAGACUGGAAAAAAUUUAAAAUAUAUCUUCAAAAAUAUUGUAAUAUAAAAGAAUGUUAGAAAGAGGUUGGAAAAAGAAUAUUAGGUCGUUUUGGCAGAUAUGAUAUAAUGGAUUAAGUAAAAAUGAGGUAUGGAAAUUGAUGAAAUAGAGGAGGAUUAAUUACAUUAUUGAACGUUAAAAUAAGUAAAUGAAAAGAAGGCUAGAAGGAUCUGCUGGAAAUACGAUUCGAACUAGAAUACAAAGUUGGGAGGUGAGAGGAGGUCAUGGAAAUAAGUAAAGGGAAAAAAGGUUAGGUAAAGGUUUAAUUUGUUUUUUGCUUUAUUUUAAUGCAAUGUAUCUUUAUAUUUUUUGUUAAGUCUUUUUUAUUGUUUGUUUUUUGUUAUAUGUUUAUUUUAUUUUGUAUGGUUUUUCCUUUCUUUUUUUGUAAUCCUAAACUUUGAAUAAAUAUCAUUUAAAAAAAAAAAGAAAGAAAUGUGCUAAGAGGAAGGCACACUUGGCAAAUCUACACUGUGAUCAACUCCCGCCCAGAAACCAAUGUCCCCACUGUGGAAGGACGUGUGGAUCCAGAAUUGGCCUUCACAGUCACUUACGGACUCAUUGUUAAAACCGUGUUUAUGGAAGACAAUCUUACUCGGCUUGAGUGAUCGCCAAAGAAGAAGAAGACUAUGUAAUUGUUCUGAAAUAAAUGAGGAAGGGGAGAAUCAUGUAUGUCACCUUGAGCACCUUGGAUAAAAGGUGGAAUAUAAAUUAAACAAACAAACAAAUAGAAGUUAAAUACAGUUAAAUAAAUAAAUGGUAUCGAUGUUCCUUAAGGGCCAGUCUCACAAUCCUGUCUAUUUAUUGUGAAGGCUCCAAAGAGUACACAAUGUCUGUUCCGAAAGAUCACUGACAUGGAAAUAUCUACCUUGGCAGCAACAGUUUCGGUGGAAAGCAUCUUUCAAUAAAGGAAAUGCAUAUUUAAAAAUACCCAUCAGCAAAACAGUGCAAGUCAUCACAUUCACCCUUUGUCAGCCUGAGAAGUAUAGCACUUAGGAUGUAAUUGAUAUGGAAGGAAAAAGCACAUUUCGAAAUGGAAAAUGAGGGUGCAGCAGAUAGAAAGACUGCAAGACAAAGGAGAGGGCGAUUUAGCUGUCUCUGUGUGGGGAGAGCAAGGGCUUCAGCACUUAGGGGUGGGGGGAAAUCCAGCUCAUUUCACAUUUUAAUACGAAGAUACUUAAUUUGCAGUUUCUGAAACAAUGCGUUGGACCAAAACACAGCUAUACUUCAAGAGACAGUUCUCACAAAAUUUGCUGUGCCGUUCUCCAGUCAAAUAAUGUGUGUGUGAGUACAUAUAUUAGUGAAAAUAAUAUACAGAAAGGCAUUAUCUUGGGCAAAAUUGUGUGCAGAAAUUAGGGAAAAUGCACCCCAAAAUGCUGACUGGUUUUUGUAAGGAUGCAGAAAUGUGAUGAACUGAACUUAAGAAUAGAAAAAUGAGAAAGCGAGAGAAGCAAAAAUUGACCGAUUUAGCCAUCCUUUACUACACUCCUUCACUGAGAAAUAGAAGCAGGCAACUGAGAGCCUGAAAUGCAAUUCUGAGCAUUACUGGUGCCUCACCAGGCUCAGAAGAUGACAAUGUGGGGGUUCAGCAUCAGCAAAGGUGAAGUAAUGUGCCUUUUCUACCUUUGUGUUGAUCAUCUACUGCAGGUCUGGGGAGGAGAAUAUGUAGCUCCCAUACGUUGUUGGGUUCCAACUCCCAGCUAUGGCCAAUGGUCAGGGAUGAUGAGAACUGUAGUCUAGCAAUGUCUUGAGGGUUGCAACUUCCCCUUUCUUGCUCUAAGUGCACAUGACAGUUGCCAGAAGGAGAGCAAAUAUGUUGCUUUCACCAUCCUGUCAUUCUCCUCUGUUUUCUGACCUUAGGAGUGACAUGUGGCAGCCUGGGAUACCUCCACCCCUCACUGGGCUUAGGAUACAGAGGGCUCAUCCACACUUCUGCUUGCCCCACACCUAGAAAGCACGGGCUUGUGUGGUUUGCCCCAGGUCUUGGCGGUUUUGCCUUUGCCUCAUCACUUUCCCCUGGAAAACUCGCUCUCUAGUGCUAAAUUGGAACAGACAGCAAUCUGUGGGAAAUCCAACUGCUGUUUGUUCCGAUUCAGCACGAAACCAUGGGCUUCCCCAGGGAGGGCAAACAGGCAUGUGGAUGAACCCUGUGUGUUACCAUUGCAAGAGAUAAGAUAUUAGAGGUUGUAUUCAACCUAGCUUUUACUCAAUAGUACCUCAAUAUCAGAAAAUAUCAGAAACACUUGCCUGCGAGUGCUCCAAUUGGAGAACAGCCUUUACCAAAAGUGUCAUGGGCUUUGAAGACGCUCAAACUCAGGAUGCAAGGGCGAAACAUGCUAAGAGGAAGGCACGCUUGGCAAAUCCACACCGUGAUCAACUCCCGCUCAGAAACCAAUGUCCCCACUGUGGAAGGAUGUGUGGAAUCCAGAAUUGGCCUCCACAGUCACUUACGGAGUCAUUGUUAAAACUGUGUUUAUGGAAGACAAUCUUACUCGGCUACGAGUGAUCACCAAAGAAGAAGAUCAGAAAACAUACUUUAAAAGAUUGCUGGAAAAGGUCUUCACUAGGUACUGGAAAGUCAACAGGAUGCGGGGGAGGGGUCUGUUCUCAAGUUGGAGGGAGUUUCAGAGAAUUGGGUCCAUGAUACGGAACACACAGCUCCAUGUGCAUACAAACUGAGCAUCUGUAUCCUGGGAGACUCUCCCAGAGAAAUCAGCAGUAGGGCAGGGGAGAUGCAAUGGUCAGUUCUUAAGGUAUCCUGGAUCCAAGGCAUUAAGGGCUUGUAAAUUAAUGCAAGAACCUUGAACUUGUCCUGGCAACAUACGGGCAGCCCAUGCAAGCUUUUAAGCACUGGACGAAUGUCCUGUCAACUGUGCCAUUUAUUUGUUUAUUAAAUUUAGAUACCGCCCUUCAUCCAAGGAUCGUAGGAUGGUUUACAGCAGGCUUCCUCAACCUUGGCCCUCCAGAUGUUUUGAGACUACAAUUCCCAUCAUCCCUGACCAUUGGUCCUGCUAGCUAGGGAUCAUGGGAGUUGUAGGCCAAAAACAUCUGGAGGGCCGAGGUUGAGGAAGCCUGGUUUGCAGUAUAAAAACACAAAAACACAUAUUGUAACAUGACAUAACACAACAUAACAACAAAACAGAUAAAUCAAUACAAUACCCCUGUCCCGUAUAAAAGAGCAUAGAUUGCUUAAUUCAGGCAUAGGCAGACUCCGGCCCUCCAGCACAGGUCCUGUUAGCUAGGGAUGGUGGGAAUUGUAGUCCCAAACAUCUGGAGGACCGGAGUUUGCCUAUGCCUGGCUUAAUUAGCCAAAGGCCUGGGAGAAGAGGAUUGCUUAGCCUGGCAGCUAAAGAUAUGCAAUGAAGACUAUGCUGAAAUGGUAAAACUAACAGGAAGAAUUAGAAAUCAGGAAGAAUCAAUUUUUAACAAAGAAUGGGGAAAAUAUCUACAGUAAUUUAUUUGAAAAACUAUUGUAAAUAAUUAAAUUAAUUAGCAGGAUUGAUUUAAAACUUGUGGUUAAAAAUUUGAACUAAGGAGUUUUUAAUAACUAGAAUUAUAAUGGAGAUGGAGAAGAAAAAAAUGUAACAUAAGGAUAAAAGGAUCCAUAAAGGAGGGGAGGGAAGUCAAAAGGGGUGUGUGUGUGUGUAUAUGCGUGUGUGUGUGUGUGUGUAUGUGUGUUUGUGUGUGUAUAAUAUUGUUUUCUAUUUUUAUUUGAUGUUUGUAAAAUGAAAAUUCAAAAUAAUUUUUUUUAAAAAAUAAAAAAAAAUGUAAUGAAAGUGCCAUAUAAACCUCCCUGGGGAGAGCAUUUGACAAACAGGGAGCCACUGCAGAAAAGCCCCUGUUCUUGUGUUGUCACCCUCCAGACCUCUCAUGGAGCAGACACACAAAAAAGGGCUUCAGGUGAUGAUUGCAAGGUCUGGGGCAGUUCAUAUGGAUAGAGGUGGUCCUUGAGUUAUUGUGGUUCUGAGCCAUUUAAGGCUUUACGUACACUUACCAGGGAUGAUUGUUAACAUAUUUUGCAUCAGAUUAACAUUUACGAAGUGGAUGGAGACUUUCAACAAACAACCUCAUCACGUGCCACCAAGACCCUUCGUGGUUUGCAACUAAAGCACAGCUUGGAAUUAAAGUUUUGUGAUCAUUCCUGAGAGUUAUACAUUCAGUGGGUAAAGGAGUUUCACACCGAAGGAAAAAGCAACAACAGAUCAAAUUGUUGGGAGAUUGGAGAAAUUCCUAACUGCUGAUUGAAGGGUGAUUCUAUUCUGACGGGUUACCUGGAUCUGGAAAACAGACGAGUAAGGGAAACUUGGGGAAGAAAAGGAGAUUGAUGCCUGAAAGCCAAGCACCAUCCUACUUGUUCAGCUGCAAAGGAAAAUUAGGAUUCAAGUGUGUGGGAGGGGGGAGGAGGAGAAAGCCCAGGAAGAUCAAUACUUCCCAUUUUACAGAACAUGAAGAUUACUGGAGGUUCACCAGUUUUCGUAUUACUUUUUGUAAAAAAUUAAUACAGAGCCAUUGAUUGGUAAGCUGACCAUAUUUGGAAUGAGAGUUUAAAAGCUCGGUGCAGUUUCCUUUAUUUGGAAUGAGAGUUUAAAAGCUCGGCGCAGUUUCCUUUAGCCAUUGGGUCAGAAGGCUGGGGCAGUAGCUGCAACCUACUUCGCUGAUAUCUCCGUCCUGAUGCUAAACAGAGGAGACCAUGGCAAAUAGUUUAGCCUGUGGGUUAAUUUUCAGAUUAGGUCUGUCACUCCCCUUGGCAGCAGGUAAGACAUUUCCACUUACGCCUUAAAGACUUUAUGUUGCAUUGUGUUUAUAAGGGAAAUAAGAGAGUGCAAGGAAAUGAAAUUUCACUAAUUCAGCGGACUUGCAUCAGGAAUGAAACUGAGCAACUUAGGUCAGUUGAAUGGAAUUCAACCAACUGCACACUAUCCAGCCAAAGGUGAGCAGUUUUUAAACUGACGCAAAUUCAUGCACUUAAGUCUCUCCUGCAGAAAUCAGUGAGAGUUAAAAGUGCUCAGCUUUGUGCAUGCAUUGCAUUAAUUAAAGUGAUAUUGUAGUUUUGAGUUGCUUGCUUUGUAAUUAUUUGCAGAGGGGAAAUUUAUUUAUUUUAAAUCACUGUAGUUCACACAUUUAUGGGAUGUGGCUUCUUGUGCUUUAAAAGUUUCUGAUAGACGAUGUGUAAGAAUGCCCAGAGGAUUAAAUGUUUCGGAGAAGAACAUUCUAUGGUGUUACAUUGGAUCCAGAAACCAUAGUUGUCGACUAGCCAGGGCUGUAUGGCUGCUGCUAUCCAGGCAGAAGGUCCCAUUGAACGGCUUUUGUGCUCUGCUGCCGCCGCAAAAUAGAACCCUGCUAUACGUAGCUGCUAUGGCAUUAAAAGAAAUAAAUAAACAAAUCGUAUCAAUUGGACUCAUGCAUUCCUUUGGAAAGAAAUCGGACAGGCUAUUUUAUGGGGAAAUUGCACAACCAUUUGGGAAGGAGGAGGUACGUGUGCUUCUUUAUUUGUUAGGUGAGCCAGCAAUUCAUAAUGUCACUCUGGGCUAAGCCAAGCAAAGGUUAGAGGCACACAGGACAUCAGACAAUUGCUACUGUUGCUGCAUUCCUAUAUAGACUUACCUGGAAGUAAGGGCUCUGCGGACUUCCUUUUGCGCUGGGCUUGCCAGGCACAGCUCCACACUUUAUAGCUCUGCAUCUGAGCAGUUUAUUUUUGUCCUGACACUUCCCCGGGGAAAACCCGCGUUUUACGGCUGAACCGGUGCAAACAGCAAUCUGCAGAAUGAGCCAGUCUCACUGUGUUCAGUGGGAUUUACUCCCAUGUAAAGCAUUAACUUGCAGCCUUGCAGAAAGUUGUAGCCUAUGUUUAAAGGCCCAGCAAGCUCUGGCCAUACUGUUUGGGAUGGACUCUUAAACUCAGUGUUGGUGCUUCAAGGCUCAUGUUUGGCAAAAGUUCUCAGAGAGGGGACCAUCGUUCAGUGGUAGACAGACCUGUGGAGAGGGGUGGGCAGCCAGAUACACUUGCCCCUUGCCUCAGAGGGCUAAGCUGGCUGGGAGCCUCCACCAGGGACUAGCUGCUUUUGGAUUUGAGUUUAUAACUUUAUUCCAACAAUACUCCUGAUCCAGGCCUCAGGGAAGCUCUGCACGGCUCUGUUGGUAGAGCACAUGGCUCUACCAGCAUUUCUUCAAUGAAAAUAGAGACGUCAUGUUACAUAAUAAUAAUUAUUAUUAUUUAUACCCUGCCCAUCUGACUGGGUUGCCCCAGCCACCCUGGGCAGCUUCCAACAUAUAUAAAAAGCUUAAUAAAACAUUAUAAAACAUGGUUAGGCAAACCAAGGCCCGGGGGCCGGAUCCGACCCAAUUGCCUUCUAAAUCCAGCCUGCAGACGGUCCAGGAAUCAGCGCGUUUUUACAUGAGUGGGAUGUGUCCUUUUAUUUAAAAUGCAUCUCUGGGUUAUUUGUGGGGCCUGCCUGGUAUUUUUACAUGAGUAGAAUGCAUGCUUUUUGUUAUGUUCUGAAGUUCUCACCCUGGGACAGCAGGGGGAUACUGUAGAUAGUUCAGGUCCACAUAUGCAAAUAAGGGAUGGAAAGUAACGUUCAGUGAUUGGAUAGUUACAGAAAGUUGUUACAGUUACGUUGUACUGGAGCUCUAUAUAAGCAGGCUGGCUGAACCCUUCAGUUCAGUUCUGUUCUGGCCUGUGAAUAAACAAGAGCUGUUUGAAGAAUCGCUGUGUCGUCUGAUAUGUUCACCCACAACUUAACACUUUUAUUUAAAAUGCAUCUCUGGGUUAUUUGUGGGGCAUAGGAAUUCAUUCAUUCCCCCCCUUCAAAAUAUAGUCCAUCCCCACACAAGGUCUGAGGGCCAGUGGACCGGCCCCCUGCUGAAAAAGUUUGCUGACCCCUGUUAGAAAACUUCUCUAUACAGGGCUGCCAUCAGAUGUCUUCUAAAUUUGUAUAGUUACUUAUCUCCCUGGCUCAGGGAUCGCAUAACUCCAUAGCCUCCAACAUUUCUCCGAUGAAAAUAGGGACGUCCUAAGGGAAAGGGGGACAUUCUGGGAUCAAAUCAGAAACCAGGAUGGCUUCAGAAAAUCUGGGACCGUCCCUGGAAAAUAGGGACACAUGGAGGGUCUGCAUGGCUGGCAUUCAGAAGGCCCCAAGUUCAGUUUCCGGCAGUUCCAGUUAAAAGGAUUAGAUAGCAAGAGAUGGGCAGAUUUCUGCCUGAGAUCCCAGAGAGCCACUCCUACUCAAAUAUUGAGCUAGAUGUACAAAUAGGCUGACCUGGAACAAGGAAGCUUCCUAUUUAUUAAAUGGUAAGCUGUAGGCUUUCUCGCAUCUCAUGCUGAGGAUUUUCUUAUGUAACGCUCGGUUGUUUCCCUAGCUAUAGGUUUCAGAUACAAUGGGCUUUCUGUGGUCUAUCUCUUCUUCUUGCUGCUCCUGCCACUGUUCCCCAAACCAAAUGCUGUCACCAUGAAAGGUAGGCAAAUUGCUGAAAGUUUCAGAUCUAGGGUGGGGAGCUCAUCUAAGUGCUAAUUGUUGGUGUUAUGUACUGAAGUUCUCACCCUGGGCCAGCAGGGGGAUACUGUAGAUAGUUUUUACUCAGGUCCCCAUAUGCAAAUAAGGGAUCGAAAGUGACGUUCAGUGAUUGGAUAGUUACAGAAAGUUGUUACAGUUACGUUGUACUGGAGCUCUAUAUAAGCAGGCUGACUGAACCCUUCAGUUCAGUUCUGUUCUGGCCUGUGAAUAAACAAGAGCUGUUUGAAGAAUCGCUGUGUCGUCUGAUAUGUUCACCCACAACUUAACAGUUAACAGGCAGUUUGAAGGCCCUCAUUGCACUCCCUUCCUGGGGUUCUUGAUCUUUAAACCCAGUACUAUUUUUCUAGAAAAAGAGGUGCCGGAACUCGCCACGAAGGUCUCCCUUCUUCUCUUAUAAUGGCAAUGGCGCCCACCUGAGAGGUGCUGGAACUGAGUUCCGGCGAGUUCCGGCUGAAAAAUAGCCCCAUUUAAACCAUUAUUAUUAUUAUUAUUAUUAUUAAUUAGAUUUGUAUAUACCCACAUGUCUCAGAGCGGUUCACAAUAUAAACAAUAUAAAAACACAAAAUACAUAAUCAAAAAACAAACAAACCAAGAAUACUUGUUCCAGACAGACAGCUCUUCAAAGAGAGGACAUCUUCAAUCAGAGGACUGUACUCCAUGAAGUAGGGACACAGCCAGGCUAGUGGGACCGACCCAAAACUUUUUGUUGCCCUCCCUCCAUUUCCACAUACAGAGAGGCCUACCAGAGUGGCAUUUGAAUUUUGCUUGAGCACUGGUGAUAGGACAGAAUUCUCUACCUCCCCUGAGAAGAAAGAGCUAGUUAGAGGGUGCAUACACAGCUCUGCCCACCCUCAACAUUUUGCUGCCACUCUUGGUACCCCAGUGUCUGCCACCUGAGGUGGCCACCUCACUCUGCCUAACAGUAGGACCGGCCUGUACCCUAAGAACUUGCAAAAGUUCCUGGAGUGGAGGUCCAUACCCUCCAACAUUUCUCCGUUUCCCCUCAAAAAAUGCCACCAGAAAAGGCAGAGGUGUGGGGUCUCAAAGGUAUAGCCAGUUUAAAUUUUCCUAUGCUGUCUCUUUUGGUGGUGUGGUCCAUGAAAAUAAAGUCUACAUUUUUAAUUUUUCAGGGUCCACCGGGCAGAUGCUUAGCGCGAUCACCUACACUAGCUUCGUUUUCCUUGUGGUUCAAGCAGCUUUUCAGAUUGUUUUCCAUUACCUGCCACCUAAUGGUAAUGUCUGCUCAACAUCAUAUGGGAAUGGUUUAAGAAAGAUGCUAUUGCAAUAUUCUGCCCAUCUGUAAUUCCCAGCAACUGGGAAGUUAGGUUUUUGCAUUCUGCAUUUGCCUGUGUUGAAUUGUGUUUCCCAUUUUAAUACCCAUUCACCCAGUUUAGAUUAGAGAGAUGCUUUUGUUUCUACCACGCUGAACAAUGUGCUAUCAUCAGCAAACUUGACCACCCCUCUGAGUCCAUAACUAUGGUUCUUUUCCUUUUUAAAAAAGAUUUCUUAUGGGAGAAAGUGCUGUGCCACUUUGGUUUUCCGAGGUAAGACUUAAUUUUUAUCUUACGUUUUCAUUUUUAUGCAUUGCAUAUUGAUUAACUAUUGUACACCAUGUUGGAGGAACAUUGUGGGUGGGGGCAUGUUUCCCCAAAGUGAUAUCUAAGCAAGUUACAGAGCACUGAAUGUGUGGCAGAUUCAGAGAACUUUGCCCUUAUUGCCUGCAAAGCCUUUAACCCUAUGGGAUACUAAUGCACCCUCUUUUCUUUAGGUUUAGCAGUCUCAAUGCUUGGAACAUCAUUUGCCUUUUGGCUCCCGAUAUUGGAAUGUUUCUCACCAGUCUCACAAUCACACAACUUUGCAAGAAGAUGGUCAAGCUUCUCAACCGAAAAGCCCAGCUUCAUCCAAGGAACCAAGACCUGUUUCCUUGCGAUGAUGAAGAAGAGAUGGAAGAGGAAAUGGUAAUUAUGUAGACCUGCGUUCAAAUUUCUUGGCCUUGUAGCGUAUGAAUAAGGAUUGCAAGGGGGAAGAACAAGUGCUUUCCCUUUUUAUUAUUAUUUUGAGUUAUUAUGUAAUAUGAGAAACAAAACCCAGCAGAAACAUACAUAAUAUAUAUAUGCAUUUACACAACACAUUAAAUGCAUAAAUGAAUUAUGGGCUAGAUUAAGCAUACCACUCUUCAAAUAUUUCAUUACUGAGCUAACAAUAGACCAAGGUUUAAACAAUUUAAAUAGUUCACUCUAUCUGGUUAGUGGGGGAAACCCUAACUAUACAUAUGUUCUUAAGCUAAAUUUCAGAAAAGGCCAACCAAAAUGAUCCAGGGUUAGGAGCAAUUCACCUACGGAGAAAAAUUAUAAUAUUUGGACUUUUUGGUUUAGGGGGAAAAAAAAGACAAGUAAGGGGGCAUGUAAUAGAGGUGCAUAAGAAAGUGGAUAGGGGUGCAUAUUUUCCUCCCUCUUUCGUAAUUCUGGAACAAUGCUGAAUGUUAGAAGAUUCAGGGCAGACGAAAGACAGAACUUCUUCACGCAGCACAUGGUAAAUUUGCUCUCACCUGAUACAGGGAUGGCCACAAGUUUGGCGGGCUUUAGAAAGAGGAUUAGGCAAAAUAUAUGGAGGAUAAUGUUUUUGAUGGAGCUGCCUACACUGCCAGAAGCUGAACAUUUCUGCAUAACAGUUGCUGGGAAUCAGAGCUGUCACAAAUCCUCUUGCAUGCGUCAGGUUCUCCACUGUGAGAACAGGAUGCUAGACUAGGUGGGCCUUUGGUCUGCUCCAGCAGGACUAUGUUAUUAGAUUAUAGUACAUUUCUUCUCCUCACACUACCUAUUUCUUGAUCAUAUCCGCUGCUGGAUGUACGAAUGAAACAAGGGAUUGUUACUAGGACAGGACAUAGGAAGGUGUCUCCCACAUUCGGUCGACCACUGGGAGAACAGGAAGCUAGGCUAGAUAGACCUGCAGGGAUCUUCUUAAGCUCCUGAGUUGUGAUGUGUGCUUUCCUUUAUCCCUCUCAGUAGGGACAACCAGUUGGAAUGCAUUAAUCUUGCACGAUGAGCCGCAGACUGAGAAAUAUUUAAUGAUGGAUUAUUUGCACCGACUUCUAGGCUUUGUAUUCUGAGCUUUCAUAUCUUUGUCUUCAGCAAGGUUGCUCAUUCAUUAGGCUGAAGCGUGACAUAAACCGGGUUGCAAAAGACUCAGGAUGAGCUUAUCUCUCUUCUAGCAAUCGCCUUCAUCUAUUUAGGGACAUCGAACACUUUGGCAGUUUGAAGAAUAACCAUGAUAACUAGGUGAAACGGCAUUGUGGGCACACCAUGCUUUUGUUCCAAGUGAAACGUCGAAGUGAUUGCUAGAGUAGCAGAACAAUAUCCGUGCUGCAGGACAAAAUACUUACAUUAUGAUGUCUCAGAACCAGAGACAUUAUUAGGGGGCAGUCAAGUGGGCCCAACUCCCAAGAUUUUUGCUCUGGGCCCCAGAUCUAUACUGACUGAGCUAUCCCAGCUAUGGAUUGAUUCUUAUUUCAUUGUUUCUGGAUCUUCAGGAAUCUGAAGCAGAAACUGACAAUACUGAUGACGAGGAAAUGGAAGGUUCACCUGGGCAGGAUAAUCUGGAGAACGGCCAACAAAGAUUCCUUCUGAAACUCACUUUGUUCCUAGCGGCCUUGAGGAUCAUUUGUGAAGGUCUAUUCAGCAGUGCUGGGAAAUUGGCCGUCGUGCUUCUGUUGGGCUUAGCAGGUGGAAAUGUUCUGCACUAUUUUACUGUGAAUUUCAUGACUGACAGCUGAAUGGCUGAACUGGACUCUAUUGAGGGGGAGGGGAAGUAAUGCAAGGUGAUGUGUGUCCGUCUCCACCUGUGACAUUUCCCUCUCUGAUGGGCCAUUCACAUGUGCAAGUUGUCACUCAAGAUUAGAGUUCUCCAGUGCAUGCAUGCUCCUCUAGUAGUAUUCUCCGUUUUUUAUCAACAAGUGUUUAAUAUGUGAGAGGGAUUGCAGCUUCCUGUUCUAAAUUGUCGUAAGUUUGCCAGAGACAAAGGAUGCAUACAUUUAAAGCAUAUGACUUCUCCUAAAGAAUCCCAAGAACUAUAGUUUACCCCUCAUAGAACUGAAAUUCCCUCCCACCCCUUAACAGAUGACAUUGCCCAUGAUUCUUUGGGAGAAUUUCAUGCACUUUAAAUGCACGCUGCAUACACAGCCAAACCCAGUUUUCCAUGCAAACCUGAAAUUUUGCAUUUCGUUUCUUUAUCCAUAGGCAUCAUCCUACCUUCGGCAACUUCUGCAGUUUAUUUCUUCAUCUUCCUAGGCCUGUGCUCCUGGUGGUCUUGUCAUCGGCCAGUCAGCCCGGUUGCCUUCAACAGUUUGUGUGUUUUGGUUGCAAUAUUCAGUGCAGGGCACCUGGGUGCUUUUUACCUGUACCAGCUUCCAUACUUCCAGGACCUGGUUCCUCCUGAAGACAUUUAUGCCAGGUAAAAAGAUCAAACUCACACACUGAAGAAGAUGGUAUGUAAGAGAAAGCACAGCAGACCUUGGUUCUGAUUAAGAACUGAGCAUUAUAUGCACUAGUGUUACCUCCAGUUAUAACCAAUCAAAAAAAUAAGAGCCCUCCUGGAUUAAACCGUCAAGUCCAGCAUCAUGUUCUCACAGGUGCAUAUGGGAAACUCAGAAGCAGAACCUCAGCGCAACAGCACUCUUCCUACUUGUGCCUCCCAGAAACUAGUAUACAGGACCAUGCUGCCUCUGACGAUGGAGAUAGAACAUAGGCUUAUCCGCCAUGAUUCUCCCUCCCUCUGCAUCUCCCCACUCCCCACAUUGUUGCGAAGGGUCCCCCAGCCCACUGGAACAGAUUAGGGGGCUGCUGCAAGGGAGAGGUGGAAUCAGCAUAAAUAAUUUCCCUCCCUAUUUUCCUGGUGGAAGCCUCCCUCUGCUUGAUCAAAGUGCCUUUCAAUUUGAUCAGAUCCUGCCAUUCAAGCACCAAUGGCAGCGGUUCCUGCACCCUCCCUGUGAAACGCCCUCCCAUCAGAUGUUAAGGAAGUGAACAACUAUCUGAUUUUUAGAAAACAUCUGAAGGCAGCCCUGCAUCGGGAGGUGUUUGAUGUUUGAGGUUUUACUAUGUUUUUAUAUGUACUGUAAGCUGCACAGAGUGGCUGGGGAAAUCCAGCCAGAUGGGUGGGGUACAAAUAUAUUAUUAUUAUUAUUAUUAUUAUUAUUUCCAGUGAAAUUAAAGUUCUGCCUGGGGCCUUGAUCUAUAUGAUGCCCCAUUCACACAAGCGAUGCUGCACUUUUUCGGUGAUGAUCAGGGGUGCCAACUUAAAUAAAAUAUGGGGGGGCAGGUCCAGGCAAGCCAUGCCCCGUAUAAUCAAUCUCAUGACACGGAGCACACACAACAUUUUAAUGGCAAUGCCCAUCAACUUUGGGAGGGCUGCCCCCCUCAAAUAUUUUAUUGGGGGGACCGAAGGGACCUCGGCCCCUAGGAGUUGGCUGCUACAGGUAAAUUAGUCUUUCUUUGGCAUUAUUGCUUUUCCUCUCCUGUUUCCACAAAGAUCAAGUAGCAGCAACCUCUUCACCAUUUUCUCCAUUUCUCUAGGGUCCUGGGCUUAGCGCCACUUAUUAAGACAAACAUCACUGAGCCCUGGAAGCUCCAGGUUCAUCCCCAGCUCAGCUGGCCGGUGGCUCUGAAUCCUAUUGCCCUUCUUGUCCUCUAUUGCACUCUGGUCAUGAUGCUCCAGCGAUGGGCUCUGCCUCCUAAGGUACGGGAUAGAGUCAAAUAUGGCAUGCAUUGCCAGCUGUAUCUCUCGAGGUCUGGAAUGCCUGUCUGUUUUCUGAUUGGAUAUUGGCUGUAUAUUGAUGCUUUUGUUGGAUGGACCAGUUUUCCUCCAGCCCAUGUCAAUCUCACAUGUAUUUAAUCAUGAGUCAAUUCCAUCCCAUUUUGGGAGGUGGAUUUAGGGAAGCACGACCAGUUUGGUUGCACUGGGUGCAGAACCUCGGGAAUGCCUCAGGGAGCUGCUACCAUUUAGAAUGGAGCAUGAGAGGGUGCUGAACUUUAGCAUCACACUGGGCACCGCUGAAAUGUGAGACCCCCAAAGUCCACCACUGCCAUUUCCACAUUGAUAUGUGUGUUUGCACUCGUGUGUGUGGCUAUGGGGGCACUUCAGAACUGACUACUGUCCCACUGGUCCCUGAUCUGACAAAAUGUGAUGCAUUUCCUUUUCAAAGUAAGUGGUACCUCUGGAAAUUUUCCUCACUUGGGGUUAUGGUAUUCAUGCAACUUUGAGCCCGGACUUUGUGAAGCCUCUGUUGUACAAAAUCAAAAAUUUCAACCUUUUUUUCCUUCCCCCCUGCUCAGGAGGUUUAUGUGACAAAUGGAAGCUUUCAGAGUACUCUCCUUUUGCAGUGUCAAAGUCAUCGUAGCUGUGAAGUGAAUGCCUACAUCAAUGAAGGACACAACCUUUCCUUCUCAGGUAUAUUUUCCUGUGCGAUGGCCCCUUUGCAAGGCUUGAUUCAAAGUAUGGUCAUUUUUGCACCCUUGGGGCAUUGCAGUUUGCCAAGAUUUCAAUUGAUGAAAGAUGUGGAAUUCUUCUGUGAUUUUAAAUGUGUAAAAUGCUUUAAUCCUUGUUGUAAACCACCUUGGGAGGCAUACUGACUGAAGUACAUUACAGAAGCCUAAUUGCUCUUAAUCUUCUUAAUUUUUUUCAUCUUUACUUUUCUCUUAUUCUUCUUUCUAAGAACAACAAACAACAACUCUUUGUUAUUAUCAAGGGAUGCAGUUAUAACCUAGAAUCUCAGGCUGCCCCUUGAUGUUAUUUUAGCCAUUGCAUGUUUCAAAACGCAUUUUCCAAGGGAAAAGGAUCAAGGUGCUGUAUAGGUCAUUUAUAGGGGGAAAUGGGCAGGUAAGAGAGAGGUGCGCUUAAAGAUAACAUGGCAAAGUCUCCAAAACUUUAUUAACUGAUGCCAGACACUGGUGUGUGUGUGUUGUUGUUGUUUUGGUUAAUUUACCCUUUGCUAAAAAUUUUGCAUUUCUUGCAGAUGAGACAUGCUCUGAAAAUGCAUCAGAAACUGAUGGUGAACAGGGCACUGAAGAAAAUAGGCCUAGUACCUUUUUAGCAUUGGCACAAUUACUUAUGAAUCAGAGCUACAUCACUGCAUUGAUUGUCAUGAUGGUAAGAUACAGACUGAAAUAAAACCUCCUUCUGUGUGCAUGGAAAGAUGGAGGUUAGUCCCACAUUAUCACUUAAAAAAAAAUGGAUUUGUGGUGCUACAGUGAGAGAGCACUUUAAUCUAACUCUGCAAACCUAAAUUUCUAAUAUGCACUUGAAUCUGUCCUGGAAAGUACUGUAGUCUGAAGGCACCCUUAGUCAAAGACAUGUAUGUAGCAAUUUCAGAGUUAUAGCUGCACAUAACUUCAGAUAUCAGUAUUAACAUGCAAGUAAGGUAAAGGUAAAGACUAAAGGUAAGACUAAAGGUAAGACUAAAGGCAAGUAAGGUAAAGGUAAAGGGACCCCUGACCAUUAGGUCCAGUCGUGAUCAACUCUGGGUUGCGGCGCUCAUCUCGCUUUAUUGGCUGAGGGAGCCGGCGUACAGCUUCCAGGUCAUGUGGCCAGCAUGACUAAGACGCUUCUGGUGAACCAGAGGAGUGCACGGAAACGCCGUUUACCUUCCCGCUGGAGCAGUACCUAUUUAUCUACUUGCACUUUGACGUGCUUUCGAACUGCUAGGUUGGCAGGAGCAGGGACCGAGCAACGGGAGAUCACCCCGUGGCAGAGAUUCGAACCGCCAACCUUCUGAUCGGCAAGUCCUAGGCUCUGUGGUUUAACCCACAGCGCCACCCGCAUCCCUUAACAUGCAAGUAUGCACAGCUAAUUUUUAUUUAUUAGGGUACAGGGUCCCUGGCCCUGAUCUAGAUAGUUUAGAAGAAGUGUGCCUUAAUUUAGACUUCUUCUACAGUUUUAGGAGUCCAUAUUUGUUCAGUUGUGGGUUACAUGAUGUUUGGGACUGCAGUGUUACCCAAAAUAUAUGUCUCUCUGUGUGCAUCCAUCUCUCUGUCUAUCUUAUGUAUGCAUUUCCAGGUUUGGAGCAUCACUUAUGUCAGCUGGCUGACUUUUGUUCUGCUGAUUUGGUCUUGUGUCAUUUGGAUGUUGCGCAACCGUCGCCUCUACGCCUUGAGGAGCUCGCCUUUCCUUGUUGCCUAUGGAAAUGUCUUGGUGGUCCUCAAUUUCUUUGCAGGCCUGCAUGUUUCCAAGGAGGAACUGUUUCCUGGAGUUUCAGCCUCGUUGCUCGUGGACUUGGAUUUGAAGCCUUAUUCACUGCCCUGUGUCCACCUAGGAGUCAAGGUGAGCUUCCUUCAGUUCUGGGUUCUACUUUCAGGCUGCGAUCCUAAGCACAUGUAAUAAGUCAGGAUGGGGAUAAGAUGGAGAUGGUAGCCAGGUUUCUGCAACACACCAUGAGGAUCCGUGAAUGUUAUGCAACAUUAACUUAAGUGUUAGAUGCAGAUUUUGCUGAGCAGUUUUAUUGUACUGAACCUUAUUGGAAUCUUGCCUAUAUGCCAAAAAAAGAUUUGAGAAUUGAAUUGCAUGAGGAUGUAGCUGCUUUUGUGGGACUUUGGAAAGUUGUGCAGAUCGUUGCUGAUCUAUUCAUUAAUUAAUGUACAGUGGUUGCGAUCCUAUUGCCUAUUGGCAAAACCUAUUUGGUGUUUCGCAACUUUCCGACUAGUUGCAGGACCUUAGCCAGACCUAGCAGAGUACACGCAGAAUCCACGGAAGCAAUUGGCGACUUGGCUGCAGACAGGAUAGACGAAGCAGGAACCAGGAACUUGUAGUUAAGUGUUUAUUAUAUAUAGUGGACUAUUUACAGGAACAGAACACGGAUCUUUUGCUGGCUCUCUCUGACACGACUCACAACUCCUACACUGACACACAGAAUUCUGAACACGAACACUGAACUAACACAUUCCAGUUAGUAGCCCAUUAAUUAUCACUCCCUUGAGAGAGCUUGACCAAUCAGGGAGCGGUCUCUAUGUCUCUGUUAUCACCAGGCAGACUUACUCCUUCAGAUUGCCUUCUGGCUGUCUGCCAAACCUUAACUGACUCUGUGUGAGUAGCUGCAUGUACACAGUUUCCCAACACCUCGGUUUAAGAACAGUCCUGUUUACGAACUAUUCAGUUUACAAACUCUGCAAAACCGGAAGUAGUGUCCUGGUUUGCGAACUUUACCUCGGUCUAAGAACUGAAUCCGAACAGUGGAAGGGCACCGGCAGCGGGAGGCCUCAUUAGGGAAAGCGCACCUCAGUUUAAGAAUGGUUUCGGUUUAAGAACAGACUUCUGGAAUGGAUUAAGUUCGUAAACUGAGGUACCACUGUAUACAGUAUGCCUGUUAUACUGAGGGGUUUACAAGCCCGCUCACCCUAUAGCGUGCGGUGGCAUUGCGGGACGGAGGACGACGACACAAGUGUUAAAAUAUAAACAUCCAUAAUUGAAGUAGGCAAUAAAGCAAUCCCACUGACAGCAUUAAAAUAGGAACAUCCACGAUAAAACUAUGCAAUAAAAGAAUUCCAUUAAGCUGUCUAGAGUUGGCUCAGUUGUGUGGGGUGGUGUUGGUUGUUGUUGUUGUUAUUAAAAUGUCUGUGUGAUUUUUAUUGCAGAUUUUAUAUCUGUUUACCUUCUGGCUGUUGCUAAAGCAGUGGAUGAUGCAGAAGCAAAGGCAGAGACAAGAGGAGGAAGAAUCGCUCAAGGGAGUGAGAGUAGAUGGGGCGGCUGGUAAGAAGAUUUAAUACUUAGUAAAGUUAGCCCUGAACUACUACUAUUAUUCAUAUGUAUUUUUAAAGGUGGGUUUUACCAUCUGUAUUCAGUCCAGGGCCAACCCCAGGAAAAUUAGUUCAGAAGAGCAAAUGGGCGGCAAAGACGAUUAAUAAGGAAGCAAGGGUUUUGUCUGCUUCUAAGCACUGGGCGAUAAUAAGUGAGAAAGAAAAAUGUUUUUUUGAGGGAGAGGAGUAGUUUUAUUUUAGAAUAUACUUGUGAUAUGAUAUUGAUGACACUUCUGAAUGAUUCUCCACUUCUCUUGCAGAAACGGACAAUCCGCAAAACAUUCUUUUGGGCCUCCUUGGUUCUGCGCUGCAGGGGAUGCUUGUAAAAUACUGGAUUUACAUCUGCUCUGUCAUGUUCUUUAUCGUCAGCUUCAAUGGCAAAGUGGCCCUGUACAAAAUUCUUUACAUUGUGCUUUUUCUGCUUUGUGUGGCUUUGUACCAGGUAAGGAAAUCGGAGGCAUUUGCACUCCUGCUUUUUCCUAUUAGAAAAUUGCAGCAGCAGUUUUUGAGCUCUUUGUUAUCUGUCAGCUGUCAGUUUAGUUAGUUUAGGCUAUUUGCGGAAUACAGUGCUUCACAGAACUUGAAGCAGGAGUGGGGAGCCUUUUCCAGCAUGGAGUCUGCAUGCACUUGUGGGCAACCUUCUGGGGUUGGACUAGAUGACCCCCAGGGUCCCUUCCAUGAACUCUCUCUAUGAACUCUCUCUCUCUCUCUGAACAGUUUAAAUAUAGUUCCAUUUCGAGUUCAGACUGGGAUAAAGAUACCCACUUUCUUUCUUUUUUAUUUAUGAUUUUCAAUUUUGUACAUUUCAAUAAUAGUAAAAUCAUUUUAACAUUUCGAAACUUGACUUCCUUCCCCUCUUUCUGCGGUUCCUUAAAUUCAUUUUUUAUAUUUCCUGCAUGUUCCAAAUUAGCUUAACUUACUCAUUUAUUCAUCUACUUUAAAUAUAUACUCAUAUAAAACUGCAGGUUAUUAGAAUAAUCCUGCAGGAUACAAUAAUCCUGCCAAUGUUCUUAUCUCUUUACAGUUUAUUUGUAAAUAUUAAAAUAAACCAUUUCUAUUCUUUUAUAAAAAGUUUGUUAUCUUGUUUUCUUAUUUUUCCGGUAAGUUCCGCCAUUUCUGCAUAUUCCUUUCUUCUUUCCAUUUUUGGGCAAGUAACAUUCUUGCCACUGUAGUCACAUACAUGAAUAAAUUUCUAUAUAGUUUGGGUAGUUCUGUCCCUAUAAUUCCGAAAACGAAAGCUUCUGGUGGGGGGUGUGUGUGUGUGUGUGUGUGUAUUUCUGUUCUCAUCAUGAAGCAAAGUUUUUAACCUGAGGUACUAUUUCUGGGUUAGCGGGGUCUGUAACCUGAAGCGUCUGUAACCUGACACAUACAUAUACAGUGGUACCUCGGGUUACAGACGCUUCAAGUUACAGACACUUCAGGUUACAGACUCUGCUAACCCAGAAAUAGUACCUCGGGUUAAAAACUUUGCUUCAGGAUGAGAACAGAAAUCGCACGACGGCGUCGCGGCAGCAAAAGGCCCCAUUAGCUAAAGUGGUGUCUCAGGUUAAGAACAGUUUCAGGUUAAGAACGGACCUCUGGAAUGAACUAAGUUGUUAACCCGAGGUACCACUGUAUAUAUAUAUAUAUAUAUAUAUAUAUAUAUAUAUAUAUAUGUGUAUAUAUAUAUAUAUGUAUGUAUAUAUAUAUAUAUAUAUAUAUAUAUAUAUGUAUGUGUAUAUAUAUAUAUAUAUAUGUAUAUAUGUAUGUGUAUAUAUAUAUAUAUAUAUAUAUGUAUGUAUAUAUGUAUAUGUAUAUAUAUAUAUAUGUAUAUAUAUAUAUAUAUAUAUAUGUAUGUAUAUAUAUAUAUAUGUAUAUAUAUAUAUAUAUAUAUGUAUGUAUAUAUAUAUAUGUAUAUAUAUAUAUAUAUAUAUAUAUAUAUAUAUAUAUAUAUGUAUAUAUGUAUAUAUAUGUGUAUAUAUGUAUAUAUGUGUAUAUAUGUGUAUAUAUGUAUAUAUGUAUAUAUGUGUGUAUAUAUGUAUAUAUGUGUGUGUAUAUAUAUAUAUAUAUGUGUAUAUAUAUAUAUGUGUGUGUGUAUAUAUAUACACACACACACACACACACACACACACACACACACACACACAUAUUAUUCUAAACAUCUUUUUCAAUUCAUUAUAUAUCAUUUCCCAGUAAGCUUUAACCUUACUACAAGACCACUACAAGAUACCCACUUUCAUCCAUUUGGCCCAGAUUAUUAUGAUGUUUUCAGGACUUUCUGUGGUUUGGGGUCGAAUUUUGUUUUCAGAAUGGGGCGAAGGAACACUGAGUGCUUUGCAGUUCAGGUUGACUUGCCCAGCCCACACCUGUUAUACAAAUGCAUUUCUAAAAUGCCCACCAUACUGUGUUCAGAACCAGUACUAAGGUAUGUGGAAAUGUGGUUUCAGGUUCAUUAUGAGAUGUGGAGAAGAAUCCUGAAGAGUUUCUGGCUCACCACUGUUUUUUAUUCAAUGGUGGUGCUCAUUGCUAUCUAUGCCUAUCAAUUUGAGAUGGUGUCAGCGUUUUUCCUAAACACCUUGGAGAUAUCAGAGGAGAGGUAAGGGCUUUGUUUUAUUUAUUUACUGUGAUCUCUGAGGCUGACUGGGGAUUUGAAGCUGGGUUUCCAAGUCUUUUGUUUCUGACAUGGUAACAGCACCACCACACUGGCUCUCAUUUAAAAUAUUCAAAUCCAAAUUUUAUCUUGAAAUUCAUUAUAGCAUCUCUGGUCUAUUGCGCAAUAGUAAAAAAAAAAAUUAAAAAUGUAGAUUUUUGCUGCUGUUGAAUUAAGUUAGCACUGCCAGCUUGCUGUGACUCUGAUGUUCUUCCCUGGCAUUAUCUGCCUAAAGAGCUCUCUUUCUGGCUCUUUAUAAGAGGGUUAAUUCUGCCCCCUGUUGGCUGAACCUGUCUCUUUCUCAGGAGGAAGGAUUUGGGCAACUAAAUUGGGUCAUUUUGGUGCUAUCCCUGCAACAGGAUCUAAUCAGCACGGAUGUUUGUCUGUGUAUGAGAGAGAGGGACUUAAAAUACCAGGGAACACACACAAAUUGUCUGCACAGACCUGGGAUUGUGAGCUGUGCAAUUUGAACAUAAUUUUCAGAAUUUGCCCUAUCAAACAUUAUUUAUCUGUGGAGUACCAGAGCACUAGAACUAUUCCUAAUGAAAAGGGGUGGGGGAACCCCUCACAUCUAAACCAGUGAUUACUGUAUGCUGGGGAAAUGAAAGAACAGGGACUGAAUUAUUAUUAUUAAUGAUUAUAUCAGUUAUUUAAUUUAUUAGUGGCUUCCUAUGCAACUGUGUCUCUAAGCAACUUACAAAACUUUGAAAUGUAAAGCAUGACGUAGAACUGAAAAGGAAAGAAAAAAGAACAAUGCUUUGCAAUAUCCAUAAAAGAGACCCAAUAAAACAGCUGCAAAACCAUAUCGUCCAGUGAAUCAUCAUAAUCUGUCAAAUGCCUUGGAGAUGAAAUAAGUUUUUACCUGGCACCAAAAGGAUGACACUGGUGGCACGAGAUGGAUCUCACUGGAAUGAUUGGAUGGCUUGAGUAGGGAAAAUGCUGAAAGAAAUGGAAACAGGAGCAGAAAUUGCUGAUGUUCACUUAUUCAUUCCAUGUCCAGAAUGGAAAUCAAUCCAGGGAAUGCAAUUAUUAUUCACUGUUGUUGCUAAUUUUAUUCUGCAAGCGCUACAUACGUGAUGUUAAUUCCCCCUCCCUGCACUGCAUUUCACUUGCAUUGAAACAAACAGCCCCAACAUUGAUGGUCUGGGGUAAGGUAAUGACAAAGGGACGCGGGUGGCGCUGUGGGUUAAACCACAGAGCCUAGGACUUGCCGAUCAGAAGAUUGGCGGUUCGAAUCCCUGCGACGGGGUGAGCUCCCGUUGUUCGGUCCCUGCUCCUGCCAAGCUAGCAGUUCGAAAGCAUGUCAAAGUGCAAGUAGAUAAAUAGGUACUGCUCCAGCGGGAAGGUAAAUGGCGUUUCUGUGCGCUGCCCUGGAUCGCCAGAAGCGGCUUAGUCCUGCUGGCCACAUGACCCAGAAGCUGCACGCUGGCUCCCUCGGCCAAUAAAGCGAGAUGAGCGACGCAACCCCAGAGUCGGUCAUGACUGGACCUAAUGGUGAGGGGUCCCUUUACCUUUACCUUUAAGGUAAUGAUACUGCAAUUAAUUGCAAAAUUUGAUUACGUAAAAUUCCACCUCAGCAGGCGGUGAGACAAAUAACAUAGUUUUUGUCAGAAGCCAAAUUGCAGCAGAACGGAAACAGCGUCGCAUGGAACAAACACAGGGCAGAAUCAAAGUCAUUGCCUGCUUAACACUGAGAACCUAUUAUGUGAAUUACCUCCCAGUGGGUUGUGAUGGGUGGAUCUCUCUCCUUUCCCCUUGACAGAUUAAAAGACCUGGGUCUUGAGCGGUUCAGCACAAUAGAGCUGUUUGCAAGGAUUCUGCUCCCUGGUGCUUUCCUUCUGGCUUGCAUCUUGCAGCUUCAUUACUUCCACGAAGACUUCCUGAAGGCCACUGAUCUGGCUAAUAUUUGCAUCAGGCCACUUUCCGGAAGGUGCUAUGCAUGAUCCAUGAGUUCAUGUUCUACAAUGACAGAUAAUUGUGCAUUUGUGUGUGUGAUAGUGUGAUUGUGCAGCUUACAUUUGGAAAUGUGUGUGUGUGAAAUAUACUUGGAGUCGAGUGUGGAUUUCAUGCUCUUUAUUCAGCUCAUAGUAGUGAGGAAUGGAAGUUCCCCCAAAAUAUCUGCUUUAUAUACAUUAUUUACACAAUGGGCCGCACGUGAUUGGCUAAUUCUGGGAUUCUCCUGUAGGCCGAUCAGGUUGUGGAUUCACUUCCACCUGGAGCUGGAUUGGGUGGCUCCUGUGGACCAGUCAUACUGCUGCAUUGUUCUAGGACCAAUCAUAGAAUCAUAGAGUUGGAAGAGACCACUAGGGCCAUCGAGUCCAACCCCCUGCCAAGCAGGAAACACCAUCAGAGCACUCCUGACAUAUGGUUGUCAAGCCUCUGCUUAAAGACCUCCAAAGAAGGAGACUCCACCACACUCCUUGGCAGCAAAUUCCACUGUCGAACAGCUCUUACUGUCAGGAAGUUCUUCCUAAUGUUUAGGUGGAAUCUUCUUUCUUGUAGUUUGGAUCCAUUGCUCCGUGUCCGCUUCUCUGGAGCAGCAGAAAACAACCUUUCUCCCUCCUCUAUGUGACAUCCUUUUAUAUAUUGGAACAUGGCUAUCAUAUCACCCCUUAACCUCCUCUUCUCCAGGCUAAACAUGCCCAGCUCCCUUAGCCGUUCCUCAUAAGGCAUCGUUUCCAGGCCUUUGACCAUUUUGGUUGCCCUCCUCUGGACCCGUUCCAGUUUGUCAGUGUCCUUCUUGAACUGUGGUGCCCAGAACUGGACACAGUACUCCAGGUGAGGUCUGACCAGAGCAGAAUCCAGUGGCACUAUUACUUCCCUUGAUCUAGAUGCUAUACUCCUAUUGAUGCAGCCCAGAAUUGCAUUGGCUUUUUUAGCUGCCGCGUCACACUGUUGGCUCAUGUCAAGUUUGUGGUCAACCAAGACUCCUAGAUCCUUUUCACAUGUACUGCUCUCAAGCCAGGUGUCACCCAUCUUGUAUUUGUGCCUCUCAUUUUUUUGCCCAAGUGCAAUACUUUACAUUUCUCCCUGUUAAAAUUCAUCUUGUUUGUUUUGGCCCAGUUCUCUAAUCUGUCAAGGUCGUUUUGAAGUGUGAUCCUGUCCUCUGGGGUGUUAGCCACCCUCCCAGUUUGGUGUCAUCUGCAAAUUUGAUCAGGAUGCCCUUGAGUCCAUCAUCCAAGUCGUUGAUAAAGAUGUUGAAUAAGACCGGGCCCAAGACAGAACCCUGUGGCACCCCACUAGUCACUCUUCUCCAGGAUGAAGAGUGGCAAUCAGACUGCUGCAUUCUGAAUCCUAUUGUUCUAGGACCAAUCAGACUGCUGCCUUUUGGAUCCUAUUCAACUCAGUACAUAACAGUGUGUGUGUCCCAUCCACCACCAAGGAACAUGUAGGUGACAUCCGCACCAGAUAUUUAAAGCACAUGGCUUUUCCCCAGAGACUCUUGGGAACUGUAGUUUAACCCUACAUAGCUACAUCUCUCAGUACCCUUAACGAACUACAGUUCCCAUGAUUCUUUGGGAGAAGUCACGUGCUUUUAAUGUGCAUUGAAUGUGAUUUAAAUGACCACAAAAAGUAAUAAUUCCACUCUAUUUUGUGCUGGCCAGAGCACAUCUGGAGUACUAUGUCCAGCAUCUUAUUUUGUUUUUAAUUCAUUGUCACGGCACUUAGGUAGAGUAGAGGUCUAAUAUUCCUAUGAUAUUGAUGGUGAGACUGAAAAUGUUUUUUGUUUAAAAAGCAAAAUACUCUUCAGUCGUGUAGUGUUAGCCUGCAGCAGCUGGAGUGAAGUAUUGAGGUUAUGUUCUGUUCUGUUUCUCCCCAGUGACAGCAACACUGAGACGCAUGUGCAUUUCCUGGCUAAUAUGUGAGUUGGCUUUCUCUCGUUAAUCGUUUUAAUGCUUUCCCUUGUAAUCUGCUUCAUAUGUCUAAUAUAAAGGGGGGCAGGGUGAAGCUGAAUACAGCAAGGAGAUUAAAGAACAUCAAACAGUGGACGGCUGAAAUUUUGUAUGUAAGGGGGCAAUUAUGAGGAAGGAAAGAGCAGAAAACAGGGGAACAAUCUGAAUGAAAUAACUAGGAUUUCUAAUUUACCAUCUCCUUAAAUUUUGGCAAACAUCAGCUGUGGGGGAGCCCCAGUACAGAUCAGACUGGGACACCAAGAAGGCUCACUGGCCCUCAGUGAAAAUCCCCUUCCCUAACACUAUUUGCUCCAUUAGGGAAAACCUAAGUGUGAUCUGGUGUGAUUUCUCAAUUGAUCCUGGUUAGGAUUCCAUUUCCCCAAACCACUACUAUUUUGAAGAAUUUAUUCCACGAGUCUUCUGCCCCAACACUUAUUCUGUGAUAACUGCCUUGAUAUCCCAUUAUAGGCUGGCUGGGUGAAAUCACAUAGGACUCAGCUACGCAGCUGCAAAUAAAACGUUUUAGGUGUAUUGUAAAGUGCUUUUGUACAAAUGUGACAUAAGAUGGCGAUGGUGAGCUAUGGCAAAUUCAAUAUAUUUUUCAAAACGUUUUCACAACGUUUUUCAUAUGUGUCUAGAUUCCACAAUAGUGUCACUGUCAGCCACCCAGGUAGAUAUGCUGGCAAAUGCCAAUCCCAGGAGAAUUCUAGUCUACGUGAACAGCCUGACAUUUGCUCAUCAUUUUCACAAAGCCAAGACAUUGCAAAGCCUAUAGACCGGAAAUUAUUUACCACUUGGAAAAUUAGUAAGAAGAACUUUGAACAAAGUUCCUGAGAAUCUUUUUGGCUGUAUUAAUUGGAAAACGUUUCCUGGAACAAUCCAACCAGGAUGAUGCUCUUAGGCUAUCUUGGGACUGCCAGCGAUGGUCCUUCUUUUGUUUGUUGACCAAACUGGCUGGGCUUGUUGGGAACAUUUGCAUUAAUAAGUAGGAAACAGCUGGGCUGGCCCUAUAUGAGAUGACAGCAGAUGCCCUUCUCCCUACCCAAUGUCAUGGUCUAUAGUACCCAAGGCAGGUGAAGUUGUUGUUUUUUUAAAAGAAAUACAGUGGUACCUCAGGUUAAGUACUUAAUUCAUUCCGGAGGUCUGUACUUAACCUGAAACUGUUCUUAACCUGAAGCACCACUUUAGCUAAUGGGGCCUCCUGCUGCCGCCACGCCGCCGGAGCACAAUUUCUGUUCUUAUCCUGAAGUAAGUUCUUAACCUGAAGCACUAUUUCUGGGUUAGCGGAGUCUGUAACCUGAAGCGUAUGUAACCCGAGGUACCACUGUAUUAUAGUUUAGUAUUAUCAUUGUACAAAACGGGAAUGCUCACAAAUAAUUUUAUAAGAUUACAAUAAAUUAAAAACACCACAUAGUUGUGCAGUGGCUUAAUAUUUAUCAUUCCAAAACUGAAGAGGAAGAAUUCAAGACUGCACUCUUCCAAUUGUUCCUUCUGCAUGAGCAUUUCAGCCCUGCCAGGUGGGAGUCUGUGCACUGUUCUGCGGGUUCUUCUGACUCCCUGCCCAUCCAGAUUCAAGUCUUUUGGGUUUAUAAUGCAAUUCUUGAUACUGUGUUUUUGUCCCCCGUAUUUUCAGGCUUAAGGAACAUAUCCUGAAGCUGCAAAGUAGGUAAGCUUGAAAAGAGGGACACGGCAAAUAGAAACGUAUUUGAAUUUGUUUGACCUUCUAAGUCUUUUUUUUUUUGUAUAUUUUUUAUUAGGAAUUUCAACAUAACAAAUUUAGCAAAGACAUAGCAUACUCAUUUUUUCCCUCCCCCCUCCCCAAAAAGGAAAAACCCACCCCCCGACUUUCCUCAGCUCCUCUCUCUGGUUUUUCAGCACAUGUUAUUCUCUGCAUGUUAUAAAAUUGUAAAUAUCCUUAAUUUAUCUAUCUAUAUAUUACCAAUAAAAAAAUUGUGUAUGUUUAUUCAAAACCUGCCAAGGAGUCCAGUUCAUUUUGUUGUUUCUUUAAAUACUUUGUAAAGAGUUCCCAUUCUUCUUUAAAAUCACAGUUGUCCUUAUCACGUAGUUUGUGCGUCAAUUUCACCAAUUCCGCAUAGUCCAUCAAUUUCUCUUGCCACAGUUCUUUAGUCGGGAUUUCUUCAUUCAUCCAUCCUUGUGCUAUUAAGACUCUUGCCGCCAUUCUCGCAUACAUGAAGAUGUUUUUCAAUUUCCUUGGCAGGUCUUUUCCUACAAUCCCUAGCAAAAAAGCUUAAGGUUUUUUUUUUACAAAUGUUAAUUGGAACAUUUUCUUCAACUCAUUAUAUAUCAUGACCUUCUAAGUCUUUUGAUGCAGAGAAGAUCAUGACAUGUUGCCUGAAUCCCAUAAAGGAGUUGGAAUGUGAAUUGAGAGCAUAUACUGGAUCAACAUUUGCACAGAUAAACACAGGCCUCCUUGCACUAGGCUGUCAGGGGUUUAGACUGAGCAGAGGCACCGCUCCACUCAACUCUCCUGAUUAAGUGGGUCUCCUACCGGCUGUGGUAACUUAUCCCUUCCUCCAUCCCCCUAUUGAAUGUGAGCAGGACUGAGCUAGACUAGGAUCUGCUGGAUUCCAAUCUAGCCUCACAGCAGCAGGCCCAAUCUGGACCCAAUUUCUAUGGCAUCCUGGAGCUGGCACCGGAAUUGGACCCAAUUGUCCUGCCCCCCCUUGGCUGCCACCACGACUGGACUGUGAAUGCAACAGUGUCACCACCACUCCACAAAGCCCCAUGGAUGGGUGGUAGGAUUGCAGCCUUACUAAGAGGAUUUUAGCUUAUCUGCACUGAAGUUUAUCUGCACACAUUGUAAGGCAUAUUCAUUUUUUGCACAAUCAGCAGUGCAUUAACUCAUUCUUCAUGCAUAACUGAAGCUGCACUGGAGCAACUAUAGUUAGGCUGGUAUUUUCAGGUAUAGCCAUACAUCAAGCUUGCAUAAAUUAUGACCAGGCCAUAUGUAGUUUGCCAGACAUAUUUUGGCUCAUUGUGUUGGGUGAACCAGACCAGUGUGUUGCUAAAAUCUAGGCGUACUCAAUAACAUAAGCAAAGCCACGCUGGCCAUGCAAUAAUGGUGGCUUUUUGCUGUUUUCCUGUGUUUUCCACAGGCUGGCUGCUGAACAACUACAAGAUGACAUUGAAGAUGGACCGGAGAAGCCUGAGAACUCAGCAGUAGGUGAAAACAUGGGGAAGUGCCACCAGGCGAAACUGGGUAAUGAUGAACAGCUAGCUCCUGUGCUGAAAGUAUAACUAAGCAUGGAAACAAGCCCGCCAUUUUGGUUUAUGCCAGUAAAUAGAGCCUGCUUCUUGCAAGCAUAGAUGCGCUCCAGGUUGCUCCUCCCCUAGUCCUUGUAUUGUUAAAGCAGAACUGAGAGCAUCACCUUCACCAGAUUAAACUCAUUAUGGGAAGCCAUAGCAGCAGAUCUGCCUUAUUGCCGAUUGCUAUGCUCUUCCUUCAUCCCUCCUCUUUGCAAAUCACACUUUGCUUCUCCGUCUAUUGUUUUGCAUUAUUUGAAAAGUUAUCCCCCCCCCCACUCCUGUUUCCUUAGUGGAAAAGAUGAGCAAAUGGACAGAAGUGGUUGACAGUGUGGUGCCUCAUCUCCUGAAGCUCUUGGCAACGAUUCAAGCAAUGCAGGCGUUUGCUUGGCGAUUUCUGGAGCUCCACAUCCUGAAGAUUCUGUCCACUUGGAUUAUCUGGAUCACUGUACACGAGGUCAGCUAAUAACUAUCAUGCUUGACUCAAAGCCUGAAGGGAGACCCAGAAAGCAGAGUGAAAAUCCAGGCAAGGAGGUCUGGACCAUGGACAGCUCUGAAUGGAGUUGGAACAAGCUCCUGAGCUUGGACCCAAGAGCAGCAGGCUAGGAUGUUGCUCCAGCAAAGGUCUGGAGCCAACUGAAAUUUAAUUAAGCUGCAGGCAGAUCAGGUUUUUAGCUCCUCUGCUGGAGAAACCUUUAUCACGCAAGAGGGUGAUGCUUGAUUCUUCAGGUGUUGACUUUGCAGUGCUAGUGGUCCUGAAGCCAUGGAGCCGGUAGCAGUACUGGUGGCAAGGGUCUCUGUUUCCUGCCAGUGGGUCCACACAGCCCUGGCCUUGCCACCAACCUGCCCUGUCCCAAUGCCAUCCAGGUGAUUUGCAGUGAUGCCUGUUUUGGGAGGGCAGCUUCGAGGCUGUGCCAUAUGACACAGGACUUCCUAAUUUGAAGGUAUCUAUCUGUACCAAGGAAUGGACAGGCCCAUCAAAGUUUGGCCCAUCCCAGUACUUCACGGGGAUGGGACUAAGUCUGCCUCACCCCCUUUCCAUGGAGAGUCUUUAAAAUCUGUGUGAAAACACACAGAUCUUUUUAAAAGUACUUGUGAGUUGGUGCAAGUGUUCAGAGGCAGCUCUGAAACGCAUGUGCAUGGCUGUGGAUUGUGAAGUAGACCCACAAUCUGAUCUGGGUCAUGAUCCACCCAGAUCAAAUCAUCUGAGCCUACUUUGGAAUCUGAAUUUGGUGUCCCUGUCCAUAUGUGACCUUACUGGUCCUUGUUCAGGCAAAAUGUUAGCACCCACUUCCUCCAUAACUGCAAUGUAUUAAAAUGUUUAUCGCAAAGUGACUUCAGUCGUUGUUGUUUCUGUUGGUGUUUGACGUUUUACAUUGGUUCACAGGUGUCUUUGAUGAACUACCCUUUCUUCAUCCUCUGGGCAUUUGCCCUUCCAUAUUCCAAGCUGUGCCCACACGCCUCCAGGAUCUGUACGUUUUGGUCCUGCGUGAUGGUCUUCUGUAAAAUGGCAUACCAGCUGAAAUUUGUCAAGCCUCUGACAUAUUCUUCAAACUGCACACAGGUCUGCUUGCUAAUGUACCAAGGACCCAAACUUCUGAAGAAUUUUCUGUGCUUGCUUGUGAUUUCCUUAGAGCAAGGCUGGGGAAUCUCCAACUCACGGCCAAACCUGGCCUGUCUGAGGGUCCAUUUUGGCUCGCAAGGCUAUUCCCGACUCACCUGCCCAUCAGCUGAUGUCACUUAGCUAGGGCUGCCAUACAGCCAGAUUUCCCCAGACAUUAACGGGAUUUCAAAGGCGGAAUUGAUGUCUGGGGGGAAUUUCUGAAAGGUGGAGCUUUGUCCUUAGGCAAAUCAACUGAAAAAUCACAUUUUGGGGGGGCAUUUUGGGUGGAAAACCCCCCAUCAACUUUCGGGAUUCCUGACAUGUCCUGGUUUUGGGGUGUAAAAAUGGUGGCAAAUUGGCAAAAUGGGGGUUUGUUUUGUGCUGGUGGGUUUCUAAAAAAAAGCUCAACAAUAUUGGGGUCUUCCUAAAAAGUUCAGCAUCUUUCUGGGUGUCCUGGUUUUUACUCUUUGAAAUAUGGCAGCCCCACACUUAGAAAUGCUUGUCUCCUCAGGGGCUUCAGUCAAAUAUGACUUAUUAUCACUACACCAACAUGGAUGAAUUACUGGAAAAGUCAUUGUUGUACAAGGCCCCUGUUGACCCAGCGCAUUGGUUUGGCGGGCUAUUGAAGUGCAGUGACAAUGUUCUCCCAUGUCUAAAGGUAUGGAUCUUGUUUAAACACUCGUGUUAGGGUAAGUAAACACUUAGAUAUCGCAGUCAUUUCAAAAACACUUGAUUAUGUGCGAGUCAUACAUACGAAGGCCGGCCCUGCUACUGGGUAGAGUGGAUAUUUGUCCAGACCCUUGGUUUGUGUCAGCCACCAACCAACUCACAUUCAGUGUGGUACAAGGAAUAAUCUAGCUGUGGGUGGGGCAGGCAUUGUUCCUGUUGUUUACUGGGCAUUCUUGUGAAGCGUUCUUCUUUCUUUCAUUUUGUAGAAUCACCUCACCAUUCUGGGUCUUAUGGCUCUAGAGGCCACAGUGCAUCGCCACCAGCUUUUUUACCGAAUUCAGAACCAGCUGGUGCCGCCUCCCACGGGGAGCGUUUUUUAUGACGUGGCCCGGGAGAAUCUGGAUGAUGGGCUCCUGAGUUGCAUCAAAUACUUUGCCAAUUACAGUUUCUACAAGUUUGGACUAGAGGUAAAAAAUGAUUGGCAAGAGAGGAGCUGGGUUGGGAGGCUGGAGGUCCAAAGAGGUUUGGUUUAGAGAGGGACACAUUUCAGUACCCAGUUUCAUGAACGGGGAGAGAAAGCAGUUUGUGUCGCCCACAUGCAAAGGAAGGAAGUCUCAUGAGAACUGGACAGUGCAAAUGGUGAACUGGCAGCCACAGCUAUCGCCACAGAAGCACUUUUACUUAAUACACACCUGAACAGAGACAAUUAGCAGUGUGAACUGGCCCACAGACCAGGUGUUUCGGUGUAAGCCUCCCCCCCCCCCCGUGGUACAGAUGCCAUUGGCUCACUCCUUUUUAUAUUUCUUUCACACACACAAAUGUCAUUUACUGCCUUAAAGAGUAUUUUUCAUAACUGCAGUCAAGGAAAGAAAGCACUUGUCUAUUCUUGAGAAGUGAGGUGAUGUUCCUCUGAAGCUGUUGCUUUCAGCCUGCUCCCACCUUCCUUUUGGAAAAAUGUGAUUUGUGAUUUUAAAAUAAAUUUAAAGUCACCCUUCCACUACAGGUUCAGCAGAAUCAAACCAGGGUCAAACUAUUUAGCACUGUCAACUCAUGUGAUCCAAAAGUGUGGUUCUUGAUGUGGUUGAUAAUGAUAUGGAAUCCUCCCUCCUUGCCUGCCCAAUUUUCAGCUGUUAUUGGUUUGGAAAAUAUGCCUCUCCUUCCUUCCUUCCUUCCUUCCUUCCUUCCUUCCUUCCCUUCCCUUCCCUUCCCUCCCCUCCCCUCCCCCCCCUUACACAAUCUCUUCCCACCUUGGAUCAAAUCUAUGCUUCCAGGUGUCAUAAGAAAGCUGCAGAGAUAGUGCAGGAUAGUGCACACCCCGGAAAUGAUCUCUUUCCGCUUCUGCCUUCUGGAAGAAGGUACAGGGGUUAUAAAGACUAGGACUAGCUGCCUGAGAAACAGUUUUUAUCCAAAUACGAUUUUUGUUUUAAACGCAGUGUAAGGUAGUCUCUGUGGGAGUAUAUUGUAUUUAAUUAUGGGGUAUCAGAGUUUUUAGGGGGGUAACUAGGCUAGGAUAGCUGGGAUAGCAAGCUUGUUGGUUUUUGAACGUCUGGUGUGGAUUUUUUUCAAUUUCGUUGUUCUGUAUGGGACAAUGACAAUAGAGAUUAUCGUAUCGUAUUGUAAAAAUAAAUCUACUUGAGAACUUCCUCAACUUUUAAACUUUUCUUUUUUAAAGAAGAAAUAGCAACAAAUUAAAAGCAGCUGUGAAAGGUUGGUUGCUUCCCUUCCUUAAGCAGCAGCACUUCGUGGCUUUGCAGAAGGGAAGGGCACCACAACUAAACAUCUGCCAGGUAGUGCUUUAAGAGACAGAUCGAUGACCCCUGAAAAUUCACCAGAGGUGUGGCCUGGCUGGGAUGAGCUGAUUACUACUGUGCAAGCUCCUAGGCCUCAUUAGCCCCACCCCCCUUAAAUCAGCUUAUUGUACAUAAGCAGCAGAGGUCAAGACACACAACACUGCAUGCCGUUUAGAUUCCCACAGCAUUUUGUUGUGCCGACCCCCUUCUUUGCCACCCUCACUUUUCAUUAAGAAUGAAACAAGAGCCUUCCUGAAUGAGGCCCAAGGCUCAUCUGUUCCAGUAUCCCGUUCUCACGGUGGCCAACCAGUUGCCUAUGGCAAACUUGCAGUCAGAACCUGAGUGCAACAUCGCUAUCUCCACACUUGUGAUUCCCAGCAACGGACGUUUGGAGACAUACAGUGUCUUACAUCAGACAUCUUUCAUAGCCAUCCUGGUUGGCUAGAGAUUAAAACACUAACCCAGUUCUUAGGAUGCAAUUACUCCCUCCCCCGGGUGCAUUUUCUUCCGCAGAAAUUAUACCAGACUACACUAUUGUUGGGACGUGGGUGGUGCUGUGGGUUAAACCACAGAGCCUAGGGCUUGCCGAUCAGAAGGUCGGCGGUUCGAAUACCCGCGACGGGGUGAGCACCCGUUGCUCGGUCCCAGCUCCUGCCAACCUAGCAGUUCGAAAGCACAUCAAAGUGCAAGUAGAUAAAUAGGUACCACUCUGGUGGGAAGGUAAACGGCAUUUCCGUGCGCUGCUCUGGUUCGCCAGAAGCGGCUUAGUCAUGCUAGCCACAUGACCCGGAAGCUGUACACCCACUCCCUCGGCCAAUAAAGCGAGAUGUGUGCCGCAACCCCAGAGUUGUCCGCAACUGGACCUAAUGGUCAGGGGUCCCUUUACCUUUACAUUUACACACAGUUAUAAACAACACCCCUGAAUUUCACACCCUCCAAGUGUCCCUGUUUUCCAGGGACAGUCCUGGAUUUACAGAAGCCGUCCUGGUUUCUGAUUUGAUGCCAGAAUGUCCCGUUUUCUCUUAGGACAUCCCUAUUUUCAUCAGAGAAAUGUUGGAUGGUAGGAUGCCCCUUUUUCAUUGGAUAAAUGUGAAAGUUGUAGAACUUCCAAGCCAAGGAGAUAAGUAACUAUACAACCUUUGGAAGACAUUUGAAGGCAGUUCUGUAUAGAGAAGGGUUUUAAAAAAACGAUUAAUGAUUUAUUAUGCUUAUAUAUAUUGGAAUCUGCUCAGAGGGCUAGGGAAACCCAGUCGGAUGGGCAGGGGAAUAAUGAUGAUGAUGAUGAUGGAAUAGAUAAAUAUGCUGAUAUGCAUAGAUUAAAUAUGUAAAGAUGAACCAGUUAAAAGUAGGACUAACAAUGGAUAGAUAACAAACAGGAUAAUGUCACAAUGUAAAAUAUACGUUAAUUCAUAAGAAGUCGAGUUGUGGUGGAGGGAAGUCACAUGGGUGUAUUUUAUUGUCUUUAUUAUUUCAAUGUACAAAGGGUUUGCCUCUGUUGAUUUGUAACUGUAAAAUAGGUAUUCUUUUGUGAUCAAUAAACAGACUAAAAUAAAUAAAUAAAUAAAUAAAUAAAUAGUCCCUAUUUUCAUGGAAGAAAUGUUGGAGAGUAUGGAAUUUCAGCUUGCCAAUUACAGUUUCUUUUUUGAGCACAGGAAGCACAUGAAAAACACCUGGGGUGCUCCUGAAUACGUCCCCCCCCCCUUCUGCUCUUUCAGAUCUGCUUUGUGGUUGCCAUCAAUGUGAUUAGGCAGCGUAUGGACUUCUAUGCCCUCAUCCAUGCCAGCUGGCUGAUUUACCUGUUGAGCCGCCGGCGGAGGAAAGCCAUGGCUGAAGCCUGGCCCAAAUACUGCUGCUUCCUCGCCAGCAUUGCAGCCUUCCAGUAUCUCCUCUGCAUUGGUCUCCCACCUGCUUUAUGCCAAGGUACAUGCAGAACGGUGUGUUCUAGCAGGUAGCAGGGCAAGUACUUUGGAGGGGGGACGUGUCGUCUAAUUUAGGAUGAGCAAAAGGGUGACUAUGCCGUCUGCUGGAUAGCCAAAGUUUUGCCUCUUGGCAGUUCCCUGUGAAUCAAAUGUGCCCAGACAGUAAGCUCGGAAAUUAGUUUAAGAUGCUUUGUAUAAUGCAGAUAAUCUCUUUACUGGCAGAUUAUCCGUGGAGAACCUCUCACUGGCUGCUCCAUUCAAAUCUGAUUAAGUGGCUGUAUCUGCCCGAUUUUGCCAAGAGGCCGGAUGCUAGUUGUCUCCUUUGUAAGUAUAAUCUGUAAAGGCAUGGGACACCUGCUUAACAGGCGUUAAUAGCUGUUUCUUCCAGAGGAGGAAACAUCUAAAUUGUGGCAUGAUAUAGUUUGUCAGGUAACAUGGGAAAACGUGAAAAGCCGGGUGGGUUAAUAGCAAACUGGGACACAGGUGGCGCUGUGGGUUAAACCACAGAGCCUAGGACUUGCCAAUCAGAAGGUUGGCGGUUCGAAUCCCCACAAUGGGGUAAGCUCCCAUUGUUCGGUCCCUGCUCCUCCAACCUAGCAGUUCGUAAGCAUGUCAAAGCGCAAGUAGAUAAAUAGGUACCGCUCUGGCGGGAAGGUAAAUGGCGUUUCCGUGUGCUGCUCUGGUUCGCCAGAAGUGGCUUUGUCAUGCUGGCCACAUGACCUGGAAGCUGUACGCCAGCUCCCUCGGCCAAUAAAGCGAGAUGAGCGCCGCAACCCCAGAGUCAGCCACGACUGGACCUAAUGGUCAGGGGUCCCUUUACCCUUUACCAUUGGUUCAUGUUUUCAAAUGUGGCCCUCCAAAGUUCUCUGUGUGGCCCUUGGGACUCUCUCCACACCACACUCCCUCCUCAGCCACACUUCCUCUUUCCAGACCUUUUGAGUGUUUUUGCCAGCUUGUCCUUGAACUCUGAUAAUGUCCUUUGCUUGCCCAGAUGAAGGACAGAGAUGGGUGUUUGUGUGGAGAAACCAGCCUACUCUACAAAGCCUAUGAAGCGGUCCAUAAAUUUGUUUAAUACUGCCGCUGCUACUGCUACCGUUUGCUCUGUCGUCCAAAGCCGCACGAUGGUUUGUUUCAAACAAACCAUGAGCAGUAAGCCAAGAACAAACCUUGGUUGCUCUACCUUCUUUUUUAAAAAAGAAAGUUUACAAUUAAAAAGCAGGGAGAAAAUAUUCCAAAUAAAUCAAAUCUCUUUCCUUGCCUCCUCUCUCCCCGCUUGCAGAUGACUUCCUGCUUCUGCUCGCCACCUCUCUCCAGUGGCAGGUGUUUGAAGAUGAGAAUAAGCUGGUUGUGAGAAUGCAGGCUGGAGACAAUGUAGAGAUCAGCCACAGCCUCGACCCAGCUGGGCUAAGCGAGUACAGUCUGGUACCAAACUUUAUCCACUGCAGGCAAGAAACUGUAUUUGGGGCCUAGGAGUCUGUGUGCUGUGUGUGUGUGUGUGUGUGUGUGUGUGUGUGUGUGAGAGAGAGAGAGAGAGAGAGAGAGAGAGAGAUUGCUCCAUAAAGCAAAUAAUAAUAAUAACAAUUUAUUAUUUAUACCCCGCCCAUCUGGCUGAGUUUCCCCAGCCACUCUGGGUGGCUCCCAAUCAAAUGUUAAAAACAGUACAGCAUUAAAUAUUAAAAACUUUCCUAAACAGGGCUGCCUUCAGAUGUCUUUUAAAGAUAGGAUAGCUGCUUAUUUCCUUCACAUCUGAAGGGAGGGUGUUCCACAGGGUGGGCACCACUACUGUCCAUUAGGACAAGUCAAAGUGACACUUGUUUGAAGAUAUGAGAGCCACAUAACAGAAAUGCUUGCUCAAUAUAACAUAGCCCCCUCCAGACUGGUAGCUUUCCCCCAGGUAUAUUAUGCAACAUAUACUGAUGCAAUAAUAGUGCGUUAGUGUGAAUUUAUACUGGACCAUUGAUCCACUCUGAAAUAGUGACCAUCUGGCAGUGCAGGCUGGUCCAUUAGGACAAGUGGAUCUCUGCUCUCCAAGCUCCUAAUUACUUACAACCAGUCCAGAAGGUGGCACUGGCUGUCAGCUUCCUCUUCCUGAGUGUUGCCCUUGCAGAAUUCAGCAGGGAGCAGGAUGGGGGCAAAACAAGAAGAGUUAGUUGGCUCCACCUACCAUUGGUUCUGGCUUCACCUACCAUUAGCUCUGGCUCCCCCUACUGGUAGCCUCCCUACCUUCUACCCUAUCAGCUCCAUUGAGCGCCAACUGAUUGGGCACCUGGAAAUGCCCCCGUGUCACAGCUAUGCCAUUUGUGAUUUGUUCAUCUCUUGUUUCUUUCAGGUCUUAUCUGGAUUUGGUGAAAGUGAUUUUGUUCAGAUACCACUUUUGGUUUGUCCUUUGCCUGAUUUUUAUGACCGGGACAACAAGGAUCAACAUCUUCUGUGUGGGCUACCUCUUGGCCUGUUUCUACUUCAUGCGUUUUGGGCAAAGCCUCCAGCUGAAGCCAGUCAAAGACAUACUCAGACUGUGGGACUAUCUGAUCGCAUACACAGCUUUGGUUAUAGCCACGAAGAACCUCCUUGCCGUAUGUAUUUGUCAAGCUAGCAGAGGUUGAGCAAAAUUAUCACCUUACCCGUAGUUGUUGUCCCAUAAUGGACUGUGAUCUCGGUUGCUCCAGUAGGCCACCUCAGGGAUAGGUACAAGUGUUUAUUUAGAUGUGGAAAUAAUGCACAAGGAUGACCCCUGUUUAACCUGAGAUGUUGCUCAUACUAUCUUUUAUUGUUUGAUGCUUUCGUGUGUUCUUUUAUACUUCGUUGGAAGUUGCCCAGAGUGGCUGGGGCAACCCAGCCAGAUUGGAGGGUUACAAGAAAUAAAUCAUCGUCAUCAUUAUCAUCUCACUGAAUUGGAUGGCGGCUAACAGAUUGAGGUUGAAUCAUGACAAGACAGAAGUACUGUUUUUGGGGGACAGGAGGCGGGCGGGUGUGGAGGACUCCCUGGUCCUGAAUGGGGUAACUGUGCCCCUGAAAGACCAGGUGUGCAGCCUGGGAGUCAUUCUGGACUCACAGCUGUCCGUGGUGGCACAGGUCAAUUCUUUGUCCAGGGCAGCUGUCUACCAGCUCCAUCUGGUACGCAGGCUGAGACCCUACCUGCCCGCAGACUGUCUCGCCAGGGUGGUGCAUGCUCUGGUUAUCUCUCGCUUGGACUACUGCAAUGCACUCUAUGUGGGGCUACCUUUGAAGGUGACCCAGAAACUACAACUAAUCCAGAAUGUGGCAGCUAGACUGGUGACUGGAAGCGGCCGCCAAGACCAUAUAACACUGGUCUUAAAAGACCUACACUGGCUCCCAGUACGUUUCUGAGCACAAUUCAAAGUGUUGGUGCUGACCUUUAAAGCCCUAAACGGCCUCGGUCCAGUAUACCUGAAGGAGCGUCUCCACCUCCAUCGUUCUGCCCGGACACUGAGGUCCAGCACCGAGGGCCUUCUGGCGGUUCCCUCGCUACGAGAAGCCAAGUUACAAGGAACCAGGCAGAGGGCCUUCUCGGUAGUGGCACCCGCCCUGUGGAAUGCCCUCCCACCAGAUGUCAAAGAGAACAACAACUACCAAACCUUUAGAAGACAUCUGAAGGCAGCCCUGUUUAGGGAAGCUUUUAAUGUUUAAUAGGUAAUUGUAUUUUAGUGUUUUGUUGGAAGCCGUCCAGAGUGGCUGGGAAACCCAGCCAGGUGGGUGGGGUAUAAAUAAAUUAUUAUUAUUAUUAUUAUUAUUAUUAGUUUGAAAGGGCCAGUCUGGAGCUUAUAGGAAUGCAUUAGAGUCCCUCUGAACUGUCAUCUUUUCCUCCUCCUCUUUGCCCACAGAUUGGAGCAUGUGCGUACCUUAGUAAAUUACAAACAAACCAUUGUUGGCUAAUUCAGACCUUUGGUAUGUUCUGCACAAUACCAGGAUAUGACGUAGGUAAGUAGGAUGUGGAAAGAGAGACCCUCUGGCAUUUCAACUUACAUUAAACACUUUUGAUGAGAAACACAGUUUUCUUCUACCUUUUCUUUUUUGUAAAAAAAUACCUUCUUUCUCCCUCUCCCCCUCUCUCUCUCUCUCUCACACACACACACACUUUACAUAUUCUAACAUAGACCAUAAAUUACUUUAUCCAUUGAUGUCCCGUCAUCCCUUUCCACAGUUUCCAUAUUUAUCCUUGAAUGCUGCAUAUUUCACAUAUAUUAUUCAAUACAUCCAUUUUUACCUAUUUAUCUUAAUCACUAAUGCUGUUGCUCAAUAUUUCAAGUCCUCAUGUUUUCAUCUUGCUAUAGUAGCUGUUCAAAUACUCAAUAAAGCGUCUCUGGCCCUCAGUGAAUUUUUCGUCAUUUUGGUCUCUAAUCUUUGCUAUUAAUCUUGCCAGUUCUGCAUACUCCAUCAUUUUUAAAAGCCAUUCUUCCUUUGUUGGAACCACUUCUUCUUUCCAUCUUUAGGCAUAAAGCAUUAGUGCUGCUGUCAUUAUAUACGGUGGUACCUCGGUUUAAGAACAGUCCUGUUUAUGAACUAUUUGGUUUAUGAACUCUGCAAAACCGGAAAUAGUGUCCCGGUUUGCAAACUUUACCUCGGUCUAAGAACGGAAUCCCAAUGGUGGAAGGGCACCGGCGGUGGGAGACGUCAUUAGGGAAAGUGUGCCUCUGUUUAAGAACGGUUUCGGUUUAAGAACAGACUUUUGGAACAGAUUAAGUUCAUAAACCGAGGUACCUCUGUACAUAAAUAAAUUAACCAACUCUUUUGGUACAUCAUUAUCUAUAAUUUCUAAAAAUAAAAGCUUUGAGUUUCUUGGGAAUCAUCAACUUGAACAUCUUUUUAAUCUCAUCAUAUGUCAUUUCCCAAUAGUCCUUAGCUUUUUUACGUCCACCACAUAUGGAAAAACGUUCCUUUUGUCAUUUUGUACUUCCAACACAGACUUAGUUUUGUACAUUUUGGCUAACUUAUUUGGUGUUAAAUACCAUCUAUAAAUCAUCUUCAUAUAGUUUUCUCUUAAAGUGUAACAAGCUGUACAUUUUAGAUUACUCCUCCACAACUUCUCCCAUGAAGACAGUUAUGUAUUAUGUCCCUCAUUUCUUGUCUGAUUUCUCCUACUUUUUCUGUCAUGUUGAACACCCUGCUUUAAUGAAAGUGUGAGCUAAUAUUAAGAUUUUUGCAUGCAUUUUUACCUAAUAUACAUAUUUUUGCAAGCAAUUAUCUCUAAUAUAAUGGACUAUUUUUAUUAAUAUAUUUAUUUUUAUGUACACUUUCCCUGAUAUAUGUACUUUUAUACACAUCAUUUGCCUAGAGAACUGCACUGCAAAAGUCAGAGAAGUGCAGAUUUCAAUGCAUAGCUGCAUUUCAUUUUGGGUGGGUUUGUGUGUGUGUGUUUAAAUGCAGAUUAGAUGCUUGCAUAAGUAGACAACUUGACCUGUGCUCCACAUUACAUUGUUUGUAUGCCAAAUUCCCCAUUGAUGAUCAUCAGUGAACUUCAACCACGGACAAUGACACAAAGAAGCUACAAUUUGCUUCUUUCCCAGCAGUUAUUGACCAUGUUUUGUCAUCCCUACAAAAUCGAAGGGUCGUCCCUGGCCUCAACAUUGAAUAGCAUAAUUAGAACAAUAAGGAAACUGCAUGAACCACUCACAUCCUGGCCACCUGGAGAAUAUGUUAUGUGUUUUCCUCUUAUCUAGACCCACCUGAGGAUGAAAUAUGCGAACUGCCUGAGAAGGAAGCAGGAAUAACCUGGGAUGCGAUAUGUUUCACUUUCCUGCUAAUCCAGCGUAGAAUUUUUACUAGCUACUACUACCUCUAUGUUGUUGCAGAUCUUAAGGCUGCCAAGACCUUGGCCUUCAGGUAUGUGGCAAAGAUGUAUGAAGUCCGAACAAGAUUGUACGUUGUUAUUGAGAUAGGAGAUGGAAUCAAUGCUACAGACUGAAGACCAAUUAGUACAACCAAGUUGGUAGGAUGAAUAAGCCAUCUGGGUGGAACUGGGUUGUUGAAGAGUCAGUUGACCUAGAUUGCUCCUUUGCUGUGAGAUGUAAGCCUUUCUUAUAAGUUACUGGAGUAGUGUGAUUUGUGGCCUCCUUGUGCCUAGAUCCUAUGCCGCUUAAACAACAUGACUUUGGUAGGAAGCAAUUGGACAUGUUAGGCAACUGAUGGGGUUGCAUCUCUCUCAACCAUAUUGGUUGUCAAAACCACACGAUUCCUUUCUUACAUGGGUUUCUGGAGCAGUGUGGGUUCCUACCACUGAAGAAUAGCUCCCAUGCUAGGAAAGUAAGAUUAGAUUUCAUCCUUCAGAAAUAAGAAACAUGAAGUUGGCUUUUCUUACCAGUUUGCAUCCAAAUGUGACUUAUAAGGUAGAUAAGAUGGUUUUGAAAUUGUCUCAUACAUGCAGAGGAGCCCAGCUGUUUGAGGUAAAGCUUAAAAAGGUGGUGGAACUCAGGACGGAAGAAGAGAGAAAAUCAAUGCAAACCAUGAAGAAGCAGUAAGUCUUUCAACCUCAACAUUUAUUUACAGAAUUGUAUAACAAUUAAUAAUAAUAAUAAUAAUUUUUUAAAAUCUAUAUCCCGCUCUCCCCAGCCGAAGCCGGGCUCAGGGCGGCUAACAACAAUAAAAUAAUACAACAUUAUAAAAUCAUUUCAUUAUAAAAUUAAUUCAAAAUCAAAUUAAUGGCAACCAUUGGGCUAGAGUUCUGUGAAGAUUGCCAAAGGAGGGAGUCAGACUGUGCCUUGGCCAAAGGCCUGGUGGAACAGCUCUGUCUUGCAGGCCCUGCGGAAAGAUGUCAAGUCCCACAGGGCCCUUGUCUCUUGUGACAGAGCGUUCCACCAGAUCGGAGCCACAGCCGAAAAAGCCCUGGCUCUGGUUGAGGCCAGCCGAACCUCUCUGUGGCCUGGGACCUUCAAGAUGUUUUUGUUUGAAGACCGUAAGUUCCUCCGUGGGGCAUACCAGGAGAGGCAGCCCCGUAGGUAUGAGGGUCCUAGGACUCAGAAGUGGUUGGGAAGGCAACUGCAACACGUUUCUGUUUCUUCUCUGAACCUCUAAAAUACAGUCUGAGUAUUAAAAUGAGCUAGUGAGACAGAUAGUUGAAUAGUACUUAAAAAGCACAGCGUCUUGGACAGAUACUGAAAUUGACUUGCAGCGUGGUCUGUGUAUAGUAUGAACUUAGAUGCUCAGGGCAUCUCUGGGAAGGUACAUAUUUGUCAAUGAUAUGAAUUCCUUGCAGUUAUGGAUAUAUGGGCCCUGCUUCUGGUCUCUGUGGGUCAUAAUGCUGGUCACAAGAGUUGUUGUUUUUUUUAUUAAAAAAAAAACCCCUCCACCUGUGUUGCUCCAUUAUCUCUGUGAAAGAGAUGAAGGGCACUUAAAGGUGCUGGAUGGGAGCUGGUGAUCUCUUCUCUAAUAAAUGCCACGCCCCCAAGUAAUAGGCAAGUCUUGAUCUUAUUACAUAGUAAGCCCCAUUCAGGGUGUAGCAUGUGAGAAUGUCUGCUUGCUGCUGUGUUCAGAAUCAAGCUCUGUGAAUGAAUUGCAGAGGACUAAAAGCAAAGGCAGUGUUUGUUUUUCUGUGGGGGAAUCUAUAGGCUGGAGCUGAUCAAACCAAAGAGAAAUCGCACCACCUUGGAGAAAUGGGGGCCAGAAGCUGUGCAAGAGUCUGAAAAAGCAGAGGAUUCAGGUGGAAAACAUUUGUUUUGUUUUUAAAUGGCAUGUAUCUUGCAAUGUAACUUAUUAGAAAAUGAUAAAUGGCUGCUUUUCUCAUUACUUUCCUCAUUGCAGAAAGUCCAUUUUUGGGGGGGAGACGGGCAGGGUUCAGGUCAUGGUACAAGAGCUCCAAUUCCACUUUAAUUGCACGACCUAAAUUUGCUGGUAUGUGUGAUUGAGCCACACCCCAAAACAGUGGCAGUCCAGAAGCAACAAAAGUUUGCAUAAUAUGUUGUUUGUUGGCUACCCUUAGGAAGAGGCAAUGAGCUAUGGAAGGAGGUCAAUGAAGGGAAUUUUAUGGAGCCCCUUCUGCAGUUGCCCACACACUUUGAAGUCUGUCUUUGUAAUCAAGUGGCUUAGAAACUAUACAGAAAGGAGGAUUUCCAUUCUUGAGUUUGAUCUCUUCUCAGAAACGCUGGAGGCAGACCUCUUAUGUUGCCUUCUCUUCAUGAAUCAUGUGUGGAGUUGCAGGGCAUGCUUUAACUGCCUGUCCAUGGGAACAUUUUAUUGAGUAGUUUUUUUUCUGGUCUCUUUUGCAGAGGAUGAUGCUAACAAGAAGGAGAAUGAAGGCAAGAAGACAUGGUGGCAACCAUGGGUCACUCACACUUCAAGUAAAUCUCCUGUGGCUGCCUUAGUGUGACCCCUUGUCCCCUUGCAGCUAAAGUUUUCUAUUCAAAAACCACUGUUCGACCAACAUUUUACCCCAGGGUUGGAGAACCUGUGGGCCUUCAAAUGUCACUGGACUACAACUCCAUUCAUCCCUGAUCAUUGGUCAUGCUGGCUGGGAAUGAUGGGAGGUGGAGUCCAACAACACUCCAUAACUUCCCCAUCCAGGCUAUACGUUGCUUUGUUGACUUCGUUGUUUGGAUUGCAAAAUCCAAACAAUUAAUUGGUUAGAUCAAUUCAUCAAACAACGUUGGCUUGAUCAAGAAGAUAAUGCUGAUUAGCUGAGCAGCAGAUUUAUUUAUUUAUGUAAGUAGCAUGCAAAACCCACAGGGUUCCCCCAGUAGCUAACAUUCAAAGAUAUACUGCCUUUGAACCUGAAGAUUCCAUUUAGCUCUCUUGGUUAAAAAUGGCCAAUAGACCUUUCUUCUAUUAAUGGGUCUACUCCCCUUUUAGAACCAGUGACCAGCAUUACAUCUUGUUGCAGUCAGUUCCAUAUGUAGGCUAUUGCACCCCAGAGAUUGACAUGCAGCUACAGAUUAAAUAAAAUUAAAAUCAACAUGUUGGCAUGCAUUGACAUUUCCUCAUUAUUCUUAAGCCCCAAAGGUCAGUACCAGCAGGGGAGGUCUUAGAACUAUUCUGAAAGGUCCUCUGACCUCCACAGUGGUGGUUCUGCAGUGCAAUAGUUACCCAUUAACAUCUUUGAACUCACACUCAGAUGGCUGAGGUGUGGACUUCUGUCAUCUUCUUGGCACAGGAGGCUGGGUGGAAGAGGAAGUUCUAAUAUGUUUUAGUGGCUGCAAAGAAAAGAAAAACCACUUUGAAACUUUUAAAAGCACUCAAGCAGUGUACAAAUUUUAUGGAAUAAGUAUGAAACCAGGGGUGGGUAGGUUUGAAACCAGGGGGGUGAAUUGAUGUGUGGUGGCAAGUAUGAAAUGGAUGUGUGGUGGCAUAGAGUUCCACAAGACUUUUCAAGUUCUCAGUUGUGUCUGCUUCCUACCUUAAAUUUCAGUGGUUCGAAGUGGGAGCUAUUACCUCUUUGAGACAGAUAGCGAGGAAGAAGAGGAACAGGGGCCCACUGAAAAGAGUGAGAAGGAAUAUCUGAAGAAGAAAACAGCAUUCCAGGUGUGUGGUAAUUCUUCCAGAAGAGCAAAAAGAGCUGGGUUGAGGGCGGGGAGACAGAACUUCGGGAACAAGGGCAAAGGGAAUCAUCCUGCCAAUCGGAAGUGUGGACUGUGAGGAUGAAAUUCAUUCAUUAAAAGCAAAGGUAGUCCCACUUAUCCAGAACAACCCCCCCCUCACCCACUCAAAUCCAAAGCUGGGUGCAACACAAAAUAUUGGCAAGCUUUUGAGUGGCCCAGAACUCUUCAUUAGUCAGGAUGUUACACAAAACGGAGGGUGGGUGGGAGAAAUAAAUGCAAAAAGUGUUGAAUAUUGUAGCUGUCCUACAUCUGCAAUCCCUUCCCUAUGGCAAAGACACAUAAUUAAGAUUAGGACUUCAUUGCACCUAGCAUUUUAUUAUAUGCACUUAGUCCCAGACAGAAACUCUUUGCACCUCUGCUCUGCUCAGCAAAGCAUGGUCAACAUAGGAAAGACUGGGACAGGGCAAACAGGAACCGAGCAGGAAGAGCAAAGAUUUGUCUGUUCUGCAUUUUGGAUCUUUGAAGGGGAUGCAGGGAAGGUGCCAUAGACCAUCAUGGCGACUGCAGGUGCUCCUGUCCUAGAUUUCUACCUCAAAGUUAAAUCCAGGCAGAAAUUAUGUAGUUUGAUGGACUCUCCCCUUGCCUCACUCCCACCCUAAAGAACUGUUGAAUAACAAGCUUCACUUUUUCACAGCUUGCCUAUGAAGCCUGGAUGACCAGUUCAAAGUCAGCUCUAAAGAUGAGGGAGCUGGAUGAAAUCAGGGACCAAGGGAAGGAGGAGCAACAGCAGUGCCAAUUGGCAGGUAGUGGAAAUGAUACUUGUAAACCACUUUAGAAGCCACCUUGGCAAUUCAGCAGUAUACAAAUAAAUAUGUGUUAUAAUAAUGACAGGCAGAUACCCUAAACAUGAGGUACAGUCUCGCCUGGGCUUUACUACUUCAGACUGGAGGGGUGUGUGUGUCACAUUUUUUUAUGUUUCCACACUUUAAAAAAAUUCCUGCACGUGGAAAGCUAGAUUCCUCUUCCCCUUGCAUCCUUCUCCGUAAAUUUCCAGUGGCAAAAACUGGAAUUUCUGUGUCACACACCACGGAAGGCGUAGGGUUGGGUUCACAAUUCUGGGAUGCUCUUCCAAUGUGUUGUUCUGCUGUGCUUCAGCCAACGUGAAAAUGGAAUCCUGGGAAGGAAAUCUGGAGAAGUCAGCCCCAGAAGAGGACUUGGAUGAGCCAGGUGAUUAAUUCCUCUGCAUAUCUACCUAGGAAAUAUUUGGCGUUCUAUUACUGAGGAAGGAAAGGAAGGGGCAGAGCCUCAAUAUGGCACUGGCAAAUUAAUCUUAAUCAAAUGGUGGCGGUUCUUGUAAAAUGCCCAGUGUUUUUCCGUUGAUGACAACUUUUGUCGGGGACUGUAGCUCAGAGCAUCUGUUCAUGCACAUGUGUAUAAGUGUUGAUAAUUAUCAGGAUUCCUGCAAACGUGGAGGGGAAAUGUAACUUUUUCCUCACCUGUGGCCCGAGGAAAAUCCUUUCUCUUUAUAAUACAAUAAAAUAGCAAUGCGUGCAGACCUUCAAAAACUAAGAUUCACUGGACAUGCAGCUGAUUCCCUUGGAAAACAAGGCAUAUAUCUGUUUGUGGUGUUUUUAUUUAUAUAGACUUGUUAUAAUUUCCAUUAUUUCUGAAGUCUGGAAUGUAUUGCUAAUGUCUCUGCCAGCCCCUUUGCCUUUAUAUUUCUUACCUGUUUUCUGUGAUGAUUUUGUUCUAAGCUUCCUUUUGCAUUUUAAUUUAAAUAAAAACAAAACAUCAGUAAAUACUGGUUGGGUAAAAAGGAAGAAAACAUAAUAUUGCAAAGUCCUGUCUAAGCAAUACUGUUUUCAGAAGACAUCUGAAAGAAGGCAGAGAUGGGAUGAGACUCAGAUAGUAAUCAUUGGUGUGAGGGAAUAGAAUUGUUAGAAAGUUGUCCCCAUUUUCAUCUGUGAAAUGAGGAAGAGUAGAGAUUUCUCCAAGUAAAAAAAUAAAACAAAGCAUUUGCACUGCCAAACAAGCCAUCUCCAAUCUUGGGAGAACUUCAGAUGCUGCAGUUGAUGCAGAAAAUGGGGGUGAAGUUUCAGGCGUACAAAAGAUAUGUUGGGUUGCGUCAAGGCUCUUGGAGAUUCUUACAUGUGCUUUCUCUUCUCAGCAGAAAACAUCCUUCAAAGAGCAACCAACAUUGUUAAGUUCACUUGGGUUUUUAUCCAAGCGUUGCUGGAUGACACCACAGAGGCACUGAAUUCGCUUUGUAAAGAUAACCUGGAUGUAGCAAAUGUGCUGAGGAUAGAAAAAUGCAUGAUUUGGCGGGAGAUUCAGAAGGUAAGCUCUCCAGACCUUGACACUGUUUCCCGAUUUAGAAAAGCAAGGAGGAGCAGAUCAAGUCGGAAGAGUACAGCAUACAGAUUCUGAAUGGCAUCCUUAAGUCUAACCCACUGAAUUGUCAUGUGACAAAGACACAUGAGAGCAGAAGCAGCAAAGCAGGCUGGGAAGUGCUGGGACUGCACAGUCAUUUGGGCCUACUAAAGUUAUUCAGGCCUAACUGCUAACUGACAUGUGACUUAGCAGCCAGUUUCACUUUGUGCGCUUUGUAAGAUGUCAGUCAGUCUGCUUCAGUUGUGAACAGAGUCAGUAUGUAAUCUCAGUCAAACUGUUUGGAACCAUGUUGUUGAUGAAGAAGUUUAUUUUAACUCAGUAAAGCUUUUAUUCUUUAAAACUCUGCGUUAUUAAUUUACGCUGCGCGUCAUGAAUAGUACCACUGUACUAUUCACAUAAUAGUGCCACUGUAUUCUGCUCUGGUCAGACCUCACCUGGAGUACUGUGUCCAGUUCUGGGCACCACACUUCAAGAAGGACAUUGACAAACUGGAACGUGUCCAGAGGAGGGCAACCAAAAUGGUCAAAGGCCUGGAAACGAUGCCUUAUGAGGAACGGCUAAGAGAGCUGGGCAUGUUUAGCCUGGAGAAGAGGAGGUUAAGGGGUGAUAUGAUAGCCAUGUUCAAAUAUAUAAAAGGAUGUCACAUAGAGGAGGGAGAAAGGUUGUUUUCUGCUGCUCCAGAGAAGCGGACACGGAGCAAUGGAUCCAAACUACAAGAAAGAAGAUUCCACCUAAACAUUAGGAAGAACUUCCUGACAGUAAGAGCUGUUCGACAGUGGAAUUUGCUGCCAAGGAGUGUGGUGGAGUCUCCUUCUUUGGAGGUCUUUAAGCAGAGGCUUGACAACCAUAUGUCAGGAGUGCUCUGAUGGUGUUUCCUGCUUGGCAGGGGGUUGGACUCGAUGGCCCUUGUGGUCUCUUCCAACUCUAUGAUUCUAUGAUUCUAUGAUUCUAUGAUUCUAUGAAUUCGUUUCUCAGCUUCCAGGGUCUGGCUGGAAUGUCCUCUGAAGAACUGAAAUCUCCAAAGCAAACAAUUCAGAAUAUAGUAACAGCUUUUAUAGAGUGUUGUAUCCAAUCAGGGGUGCAAAUCAGGGGUACCUGCAGGGGCCCAGGUAAGCCCUUCUCCACAUCAUCGAUCACAUAACACUACUCUCUCUCUCUCUCUCUCUCUCUCUCUCUCUCUCUCACACACACACACACACACACACCCACGCACACCAUUUGAAUGGUAAUGCUCAUCAACUUUGCAGGCCCCCGGCCCUCUCAAAUCUUUUAUUGGGGGGACUGAAGCCCCCUUGGCCCCUAGGAGUUGGCUCUUAUGUCUCCUAUUCUUCACAUGCUGAAUCCUGCUCAUGCAACAGGACCUCCUCUUCCUCUGGAGCAGAUUUUGUGUGUGUGUGCACGGGGAGAGGUAAAUUCCACUGUGCAAGCAGAAGCAUACUGUGUUAGCGGAACAGCAGCGUUGGCUACAAUCCUAAGUCAUUCUAAAACCCAAGGUCUUUAUGCAAAACCUGAAUUGCUGUUUGCUCUGAAUGAGCUCUAAAGAGCAGUUUUCCCCAGGUGAAAGCAGCAGGGCAAGAGGAAGAAUGGGUAAACCCUAACUAACUAACUAACUAACUAGUUUUUCUUUUAAGGGAAAAGUGGCCUCAGCGGACAUUGUCCUUCAGUAUUAUAACCUGGAGAAAACCCAACCAGAUUAUGGAAAAAGUGAAGCUGAAACAACAGAGAUGAAUGAGAGCAAGAACAGGUCACCCCAGUGCCCGCUUGGAGAGUAUGUGGACCCAUCCCUCGUGCAGCUCCGCAGGUGAAUAGUAACUUGUUGCCGACAGUUGGAAAUGCCCAACAAAUUCCCUUGCUGUGACUUUUCCUUUAUUCAUUUCUCUUUAUUCAGCAAGAGCGUAGAGAGAAGUCUUUAGUUGUGAACUCUGUGGGCUGGAACUCUGUGAGGGGGAUGUUGUUGUUUAGUCGUUUAGUCGUGUCCGACUCUUUGUGACCCCAUGGACCAGAGCACGCCAGGCACUCCUGUCUUCCACUGCCUCCUGCUGUUUGGUCAAACUCAUGCUGGUAGCUUCGAGAACACUGUCCAACCAUCUCGUCCUCUGUCGUCCCCUUCUCCUUGUGCCCUCAAUCUUUCCCAACAUCAGGGUCUUUUCCAGGGAGUCUUCUCUUCUCAUGAGGUGGCCAAAGUAUUGGAGCCUCAGCUUCACGAUCUGUCCUUCCAGUGAGCACUCAGGGCUGAUUUCCUUCAGAAUGGAUCGGUUUGAUCUUCUUGCAGUCCAUGGGACUCUCAAGAGUCUCCUCCAGCACCAUAAUUCAAAAGCAUCAAUUUUUCGGCGACCAGCCUUCUUUAUGGUCCAUCUCUCACUUCCAUACAUCACUACUGGGAAAACCAUAGCUUUAGGGUCUCCUAACAACACUCAGCACCCUUGACAAACUAGAGUUUCCAGGAGGGAAGCCACUGCUGUUUAAAGUGGUGUAAGAGUGCUUUAAAUGUCUAGUGCAGGUGGGACCUUACUGACUUGGAUGUUGAUGUUUUCUGCCUUUGGGGAGCAGGAGAUCCAGCGAUGCUUCCAGGGGUGUGACUGGAAAUGAGAAGGUGGAAGAAGGGAGCCACAUUGGGCUCCGCCCCCAAGGGCUCACUUCAGCAACUUCCUGUACAGAAUUUGCCAGCUGGGGCUCCUCUUCAUCAGUAAUGGAAGGAUCUACACAUUCCCUAUUUCUGAGAAGUGAAGAAUCAGGUGCACCACCAUCGAGCAAUGUUCCUGCUGCAAUGACAGCCAGUGAAUGGCUCCUGAACAGGCAAGAAUCUUAGUGCAAUUAAGCAUCAACUAAUUGAGUAUACUACUGGAAGGAUGGGGAACUUGUGGCUAUCCAGAUUUUGCUGGAUUUGCAACUAGGGACAGCGGAGAAAUUUCAGCUCAGUUUGUGUUUUAAAAGGGAAACCUGCCUAAUUUGCACUUCCUGAAAUAUUUCACGAACCGAAAUGCAGCUGCAACUCACAUCGGUUGUGCAAAGCAGUUCUCCAGCCAAGUAAAAAACCAAAUGUGCGUGCUAGGGGAAAGCAUGAAUAAAAAUGCACGUGUGAGUGAAAAUAACAUGCAAAAAUACUUCAUAUUAGGGAACGUUGCUUCCAAAAAUGUGGAUUGGGCAAAACCCGUUCCCAAGAUCAUAAGUGAUUUGCUUUAUCUAAUGCAUGCUCUUUGUUAAUGUGGGAUUUGAGCUUUUAAAUAUUUUGUGCCAUGUAAUAACUACAAUAAAUUAACAUAAUAUGACAAAUGAACAGGUAUGUAUUUACCUUCACAAAUAAUUUAUAUCCGUCUUCUCCAACCUGGCGCCUUUGAUAUCAUAGAAUCGUAGAAUUGUAGAGUUGGAAGGCACCCCGAGGGUCAUCCAGUCCAACCCCCUGCUAUGCAGGAAUCUUGGCUAAAGCAUCCAUGGCAGAUGGCCACCCAACCUCUGCUUAAAAACCACCACUGAAAGAGAGUCUACCACCUUCCAAAGGAGUCCUUUCCACUGUCGAGCAGCUUUUACCGUCAGAAAGUUAUUCCUGAUGUGCAUUCAAAAGCUCCUUUCUUGUAACUGGCCUCAGUCCAGUAUAUCUGAAGGAGCGUCUCCACCCCCAUCGUUCUGCCCGGACACUGAGGUCCAGCGCUGAGGGCCUUCUGGCUGUUCCCUCACUGCGAGAAGCCAAAUUACAAGGAACCAGGCAGAGGGCCUUCUUGGUAGUGGCACCCGCCCUGUGGAACGCCCUCCCACCAGAUGUCAGAGAGAACAACAACUACCAACCUUUUAGAAGACAUCUGAAGACAGCGCUGUUUAGGGAAGCUUUUAAUGUUUGAUGUAUUACUGUAUUUUAAUAUUUGGUUAGAAGCCACCCAGAGUGGCUGGGGAGGCCCAGCCAGAUGGGCAGGGUAUAAAUAAAUUAUUAUUAUUAUUAUUAUUAUUAUUAUUAUUAUUAUUAUUAUUAUUUGAAUCCAUCAGUUUGGGUCCUACCAUCUGCAGCAGGAGAAAACAAGCUUGCUCCAUCCUCCAUAUGAUUCCCCUUUAGAUAUUUGAAGAUGACUAUCAGAUAUUUUGGAGAACAACUCCUAUGAGCCCCAGCCAGGACAGCUGAGAGGAGCUGCAGUCCAAACCCCCAGGUUGGGGAAAUCUGUUUUAUAUUCUGCCCCAGUCUAAUCUAACUGCGCUACUAAUUCUAAAAUGUACAAGCCUGUGGACAUGCCUUUUUCAACAAAUGGAAAUAAUCUACAUUUCAUUUUUUAUUUUUUAUUUUUGUUUAUGUCAUGCAGGGUAUUUCAUGACAAUGAGCUGGAGCAGUCAGAUAAGUUCUACCAGAGCCUUCCCAGGCCCCUGAAGCUGGGAGUUGCUUUGUACAAUGCUAUGGUGUCUAAGUCAGAAAUGCUGUGUUAUUUUGUGAUCAUUCUAAACCACAUGGUCUCCGCAUCCAUCCUUACUUUGGUUCUACCUAUCCUGAUAUUUCUGUGGGCCAUGCUGUCUAUUCCAAGGCCUACAAAAUUCUUCUGGAUGACAGCCAUCAUUUACACUGAGGUAAGUGUUCAGUAGAUCCUGCUUAUAUGGCUGAGUGAUUUUCUCAUCUGUGUGUUGUUCUGCUAGUCUUCCUAGAAGUUUUAGCCUCUGACUUGGGAGCCCUAUUGCAGAUAUUAAUAUUGUGCAGCUUGAAGUCAUAGGGUGAAUAAAAACCGGGUCAUCUUAGAAUAAAAAUUGUCCAGACUAAAAUAUGUUUCCAAAGCUUUACUAACAUAACUUUAUUCCAACAGGGCAUAAAACAAUAAUGAUACAUCCAGAUAGUUGCAUAAAAUCAUGUGCUUCUCCAUGCACAGGUCCAGCUUCUUAAAAAUAUCAAAUUCCUCCAAACAGACCUGAAAUCAAGUGUCUUUCUCUCUAGACAUAGACUCCAUUAGCUUGCAUUCCAGCCUGAGGCUGUUUUCUCCAGGAGAGACUCAUCUGCACACCUUUCUUCUCUGGUGACUGAGAACAAAGGACCACUCCUUCAUAAUGGAGAUUUGCAACUGAAUAACCGUACCAUGUGAUCUAAGGUUAAACACUACAUAAGAGAGUUGCAGAUAUACAUCCUAAGUUAAUUAUCAACCCAUUAGGCACUCAGAGAGCUCUUCUUAGCUUCAAUGGAAUUUCAAUGGAACAGAGUCAUUUUCCAUUUCAGUGUACAAUUAAACAAUUAUACUUAACAAUCUCUUCCUCCAUUGAAGAGCUACUUGUUGCAACUAGGAACAAAGGAUAUUAUAGGAUAGCGCGAGGAACCUUUUUGAGCCUCAGGCUCAUCUUCCUUUGGUGUCCACUUUCCAAGAGAUUCAUGUCAGCAGUGGUUGGGACCAAAAAUGGGGGCUAGGCUAUGCUUCUGGGGGUCAAUUGUGGUUCUCUAAGCAUCUCUGUCUGGCCCUCUGUACUAAGAUAAUAUUUACAUUUGUUGCUCUACCCACUAGCCCCUACCAUCACUGAUAUGUUGUCCAAAAGCAAAUGCAGCCUUUGUGGUGUCAGAGGUUCCCCAUUCCUGAUAUAUAGGAGAGGAUGGCAACCUGGCAACCCACUCUGCCAUAUAAGGGAGGAUGGGAAACCUUAUUCCAACCAUCUUCCUCAAUCUAGGCACCUUGAUUGGUGGGACCCAGGUGCUUGGGCUUUUGCAUCCCUGCUAAAGGCAUUGGGAAAUAAAUUUGUUUAAGGGCAUCCAGCAUGCUCUGUGUCAAACAGAUGGAGCAGAAACAUAUAUCACAGUUGAAUCCAGGAAGAAGAAGAAGAAGAAGAAGAAGAGGAGUUUGGAUUUGAUCUCCCACUUUAUCACUAACCUCGGGAGUCUCAAAGCAGCUAACAAUCUCCUUUUCCCUUCCUUCCCCACAACAAACACUCUGUGAGAUGAGUGAGGCUGAGAGGUUUCAGAGAGUGUGACUAGCAGCUGCAUGUGGAGGAGCGGGGACACGAACCCGGUUCACCAGAUUUCGAGUCCACUCCUCUUAGCCACUACACCACACUGACAAGGGCACAUGUUGAACGUGUUAUCUGGGCCUCAUACAAUUUCCGCGGAACUUUUCUGAAAAUGAAAUUGUCAAAUAAAUGGGAUAAAUACAGGGGGUUGAUUUCUCAUAAUAAAAUUGGGUUGUGUUCCCAUAUUCCCAGCCCUUUGCCUUUGGAAUCCAGCACCUUUGAGGACUGUGCACUUUCCUUCCCUUGCCAGGUAACAGUUGUGGUCAAAUACUUUUCUCAGUUUGGAUUCUUUCCUUGGACCACCAAGGCCUAUUGUGGGGUCUACGCAGAAGAGCCGCUUGCUUUGCCCAAUAUUGCUGGGAUCGAGAAGAAGGAUGGCUACGUGCACUUUGAUCUGGUUCAACUGCUGGCCUUGUUCUUCCACAGGUAUAUCCUGAAGGUAACGCCAUCCAUUCUUUUAUGGAGCUAUUUUAGAGCACGGACUCAUUAACAUUUAUUCAAGGGAGGAUUCAUCAUAAGUAGGGAUGGGCAAAAUUCAUCAGUUUUUAUUUCUCUCGGCUUCUCAUUUUCCAGUCUUAAAUUCAGUCGUUCACGUGUCUAUAUUGUUACAGUCGUACCUUGUUUGUCAAACGACUUGGUACUUGGAUGUUUUAGCUCCCGAACAUCGCAAACCCAGAAGUGAGUGUUCCAGUUUGCGAACGUUCUUUGGAACCCAAACGUCUGACGGGGCUUUCAUAGCUUCCGAUUGGCUGCAGGAACUUCCUGCAGCCAAUCGGAAGCCGUGGCUUGAUUUCCGAACGUUUUGGAAGUCGAACAGACUUCCGGAAUGGAUUCAGUUCGACUUCCAAGGUACCACUGUAUUAUUAUCUUGCCACUUAUGUUUAUUUCCAUUGAAAGGUUGGAUUCUGAUGGCAGCAUGGGUAGGCAAGGGGACUAUCCAAACCCAAGGUCCAUUUGGAUGAGUGGAUCUCGUGGCUCAAUCAGAGAUAUGCCAGUGUAAACUCCCUCAUCCCGGCUCAGCUGACUGAAUCAAUACUGGCAGAUCUUACUGUUAGGAUUCAUUCCCUGUGUUGCAGUCAUGGGAUUGUUUUUAUCACAUGACGGUGUAUGUUUUCAUUCCACAUUGUGGGAAGUGACGGAGACAGGAUAUUUUAUUACCGUGUUUCUGUGAUGUAGGAUUUUUGUCCUUUGUCCUUUCUCUUUGCUGUCUGAUGCUGAAGAGGAAGGAGCUGACUUACGAUGCUCCAAGUGUGUAUAUGUAAAUAAACAUAGUUUAGCCAAAUUGCUGCGCUACUGAGUCUGAAUGCUGACUGCCUAUACUCUGCUGAUGCUGAAAUGUGCUGAUACCUUUUGGUAUCAGUCGCUAUGAUAUUCGGGCUGGAGAAAGAUUUUGAAUCUCCCGAAAGAACUACCAGGAGGGAGAGAACAUGCCAGUCGGGCAUAUGUCUCUACCAGACUCCUGCUCAUGUGUAGGACCUCCUGACACUUACGCCAGCAUGAGCCCUGAAAUAUUGGUGUUCUUGGGGAUCCUCCCUGCUAACCUAAGACGGUUGUUGUUGUUGUGGGGAUGAACCUUGAGGAGGAAAGGUAGGAUACAAAAGUAAUAAUAAAUAAACACUGAGACACUUCCUGAGAGGACUCUGUCGAUGAGUUGAGGGGCCUCAGUCUCAAGCAACUCUCUGCUAAUCUCUCUGUCAUCAUCUCUUGCUUCCUCAAGCAGUUCGUAGUCCCUGUGUUUCACUGAUGUGUUUCACUGUACUGCAUUCUACAGUGCUAUGGACUUUGGGAUUCCAAAGGUGUCAGUAUACCAGAUGCUGAAGAAAAGAACCUGGCAGGGAGACAAAAGAAGAAAAGGCACAGGGGCCAUCUGAAGGAACGUCCAUCUGGAUCAGGAGGAAACUGUUCUUCUAGAUACCCAAGUCCCUCCAGGGCCGCCGCCAGGAGUGUUAAUGAAGGUAGUUGUGUUCUGUGUUAUAUAAAUCAAGCACUGCUUGAGUUGUUUCUUUUGGUUUCCCCUAUUUCUUAUCAGUAAAAAAAUUCGGUGAGCAAAAUUUUAUUCCAAAAGUGUGGCCAAGAGGAAAAAGUUUGGAAAAAAAUACUGAGCUAAUGGACUCUAGAUGAGGCAACUUCCUAUGUUCUUGGGAUCUUUAAAUGAAUUGUUUGUGUCUGUUGUGUUCCUUCUCCACCUCCUCUUCCUUUCAUGGCUGAUUGGCCAUCCACCCUUUUCUUCCCUGUUUCUCUGAACUUCUUUUACACAUACGAAACAGAAAAAUUGACCUCCCUGUGUUCAUUAAACUGUUGCGGUGCCAGCAUUUUGUGGGGGGACCGGACCUCUGGGGCAGAAAUUGGCAGAAGAGCUUCCAUUUUAAUAUUAUGCAGAGGUCACUGGAAGUGAUGCUUGAAGGACUGGCGGCACAUAUAACGUCACUGAGUUGGUGGCGGAUCAAGUGUUUUGUGUUUUGCGGACGGACCCCACAUGAGUUGGUGAGAGCCUAAAAUGAGGUAUUGCUCUCGUGAAACGAAUGCUUCCCAGAUAGAGAGCUGUGAUUAACUUUCUUUUUUGGCAGACAAAACUCUGGAGGAAGCCAAGAAGAAAUGGAGCCUUUUCAGGAAAAAACCCACUGGCGGGAAGAGACUUACUAAAGCAGCAAUGAAACGGCAGAUGAUGAAGGCAAAGAAGCUGCUGAUUAAAAUGUAAAUUGGAAUUUUAUUUUUAUUUUUAAAAAAGCUAUUUAAAAAGUGAGAUGUUGCAACAUGAAUGAACAGAGCUGGGGGCAAGAUGGUGGGUGGGUGGGAAUACGGGUGUCAUCAAUGGACCUUCCACUCCCUGUAAUAGACUGUGCUGCUGACAUCUGUGUGUUAAUGGUGCCUGGUGCCCUUUGGGAUGGGUAGAGCCAGGAGGCCAACAGUAGGUGGCGCCAGAGCCAAUGUGAGGCAAAGCUACGCAGUGGCUGGAACUGUCAAUUGUGGUUCUCUCAGUUUCUCAUUUUCCUAGUCAUGAAUUCAGUUGUCCACAUUUCUGCAGCAAUCUGCAACAUUUAGCUUUUUUAAAAAAGAAAUCUUUGUGAAAAUUCAUCAGCGUUUUAGUGGAAAUUUCCCAUUUAAUAUUUUUGUAUUCAGUGUUGACAUAUGAAGACAUUUCCCCAGGCAGUGUUCCCUAAUAUAAUGCAUUUUGCGUGUGUGGUAUUCAUGAGUAUAUGCAUUUUUAUUUAUAUAUUUCCCCUUGUAUAUGUGCACUUCGGUUGGAGAACUACAUUGCAAAAUUUGGAGUAGUGUGACUUUCAAAGGACAGCCGCGCUUUGGUUCACAUAUUGGUUGAGGAAGUGUAAUGGGGCUUCCACCCCCUACCCGGUGCCUGCAAAAUUGGCUCAGGGGGUGGAGAGCCCCCAGAUCAAGGAAUGAAGGGAAGAGUGGAGGGGGGGUUGUUCUAUCUGCAAAGCUGCAAUGUCCGCACAGAUGAAUGAUUGGAACAGCACAAUGUUAAAUUCCACGUAGUUGGUUAUAUUUAAAAGGCUAUCUUUCGGUACUCUGUGAAUGUUGUUGUUGUUUAGUUGUUUAGUUGUGUCCGACUCUUCGUGACCCCAUGGACCAGAGCACGCCAGGCACUCCUGUCUUCCACUGCCUCCCGCAGCUUGGUCAAACUCAUGUUUGUGGCUUCGAGAACACUGUCCAACCAUCUCGUCCUCUGUCGUCCCCUUCUCCUUGUGCCCUCCAUCUUUCCCAGCAUCAGGGUCUUUUCCAGGGAGUCUUCUCUUCUCAUGAGGUGCCCAAAGUAUUGGAGCCUCAGCUUCAGGAUAUGUCCUUCCAGUGAACACUCAGGGCUGAUUUCCUUAAGAAUGGAUAGGUUUGAUCUUCUUGCAGUCCAUGGGACUCUCAAGAGUCUCUGUGAAUACGAGUAUUUAAAGACGAAGCAGGUCCAAAAAGUUUGUGAAAGUGCUUGACAUGCUUUCUCUUGGGAAUAUUUGUGACUAAAGGAUUCUCCUUUCAGCCCUAGAGCUUUAUGGGUGUGUGACACUGCGGUCACAGCAACAAUGCUGUACUUUUAAAGCCCGCUUGCACUUCAAGAGUCACGACUUCACCUCAAUGCAGUUUGUUAAGGCUGCUGUUAGGACUCCCUUAACAAGAUGCAUUUCUGAAGAUUUUUGCCUGGUGCGGGGAGCCCUUAAAGUGGUAGAAGAGAGAUUUUAAAAGUAUGGUAUGGAUGUGACCAGGUUCUUACGAGCUACGGUGGAUGAUUCACGAAUACAGCCGAACUCUUUGUUGCUAGACAUGCGGCAUACAUUCCACUGAGCUUUCAGAAAGUAAGCGACCCUUUUGAAAAACAUGACUCUCCUUUUCAACUGGACUGACCUAGAUAAAUUUUCACUUGCAGCGCUCUUCAGAUAUACCGACCCAUAAGGCAAUUCUUCUACGACAUUAUUCAUCCAGAAUGCAGCCUAAUCUGUGACGUUUAUGCUCUCAUGUUCCUGGUUGAUGUGAUUAAUUUUAUUAUUGUCAUCUUCGGCUACUGGGCUUUCGGUGUAAGUAUCAGCUCGGCUUGCUAAAAGCAACAGGUGCCUUGAAUGUUUGCCAAUUGGCUUGAAACCACUCCUCCACAAUGCCUGAUGUGUAGGAGUUAUUUGUUGUAUUUAUUUAUUUAAUAAAAUUUACACACCACUUGAUUGUAAAAAAAACAACUAAAAAAAAAACUAAACAAACCUCAAAGCAGUUUACCAAAAGAUAAAGCCAUAAAAUCAAGAAAGAUUUGCAGCAAUAGUUUAAAACAUACAGAAAGUCAAAAUUCACAUCAUUUUUUUUUCUAGGUAGGGUUGUCUAAACAAGAAUGUUUUUAGGUAAAUGUAAAGGGACCCCUGACCAUUAGGUCCAGUCGUGGCCAACUCUGGGGUUGCGGCGCUCAUCUCGCUUUAUUGGCCGAGGGAGCUGGCAUACUGCUUCCGGGUCAUGACUAAGCUGCUUCCGGCGAACCAGAGCAGCGCACAGAAACGCCGUUUACCUUCCCGCCGGAGCAGUACCUAUUUAUCUACUUGCACUUUGACAUGCUUUCGAACUUCUAGGUUGGCAGGAGCAGGGACCGAACAACGGGAGCUCACCCCGUCGCGGGGAUUCGAACCACCGACCUUCUGAUCGGCAAGUCCUAGGCUCUGUGGUUUAACCCACAGUGCCACCCACGUCCCUAGAAUGUUUUUAGCAGGUGCUAAAUACAGUGAAGGUGCCUUCUCAAUAUCAAUAGGCAGGAAGUUCCAAAGUUUCUUUAGGUGCCACACUAAAGUCCUGUGAUGGUUCGUACUCAAAAGCACUUUGUUAUUGCUUUCCAUGUUCCAGAACCAAGGAGGUAUUUGACACCAGACUCUUAAGGAGGCUUGAAUCUGUUCUGCUAAUCUGUUUGGAAGCGUGGAAGCUAUAGUGGGGUAGGAGAGUGGAAAAUGAUGCCAAUAUAUUUCACAUCUGCCAAGCAAUGUGCCCCUUUGGUUUCAGAUAGUACAUGGGUAGAAGAGUCUAAAAAGCCUGGGACUCAAAUUUUCAUGGCCCUCUAGUGGCUAUGGGAACUCAGAAGUGAUGUAUUUAGUGAAAACUCUGGAAAUACAGUCAUACCUUGGAAGUCAAACAGCUUAGUUACCAAACGUUUUGGCUCCUGAACUUCACAAACCCAGAAGUGACUGUUCCGGUUUGCAAACUAUUUUUGAAAGCCAAACGUCCAACGGGGCUUCCGCGGCUUCCGAUUGGCUGCAGGAGCUUCCUGCAGCCAAUCAGAAGCCGUGCUUUGGUUUUCUAAUGUUUUAGAAGUCGAACGGACUUCCAGAACGGAUUCUGUUCAGCGUCCAAGGUACAACUGUACUUGAUUCUGACCAAACUAAGCCUCCUGCUGUAUAUUCUUCCAUUGACUUUGUGGUUAUGCCUUGCUUCUGUUUUAGUUAUGUCCUGUAAGCAUUGGACAAGAAAAUGGAGGAUUUUUUAAAAUUUCACAGCUUUGCUGUAGUAGCAAAGUAGUUUAUAAAUUCAAUAUAUAAUAAUAGCUUUGUAGUGUUGAUCUGCCCAUAGACUCUGCCUGGAAGCCUAGGCUUGCUCCUUUUCUUCACACCCGCAUGUUAUCAACGAAUGCUUCUAAUUUGUUUCAGAAACACUCGGCUGCCGCUGACAUCACAGAGUCCCUUUCAGAAGACCAGGUGCCUGAAGCUUUCCUGGUGAUGCUGUUGGUGCAGUUUGGGACGAUGAUAGUUGACCGUGCCAUCUACCUGAGAAAGAGCAUGUUUGGGAAAUGUGUUUUUCAGGUGUUACUUGUCUUUGGCAUCCAUUUUUGGAUGUUCUUCAUCUUGCCUGGAGUAACGGAAAGGUAUGACAACGAAAGAUGCCAGAGAAUUCCAACAAAAACAGAAACUAGAGCGAAAAUCGCUGAUAAUAGAAUCACAGAGUUGUAGAGUUGGAACGGGCCUAGAGGGUCAUGCAAGAAUCUCAACUAAAGCAUCCAUGUUUGCUUAUUUGUCCCAUGUCCAGAUCAGAAAUCAACCCAGCAAAUGAGAUCAGUAUUCACUGCUAUUGCUGCUUUCAUUUCACAAAUGAUAUGUAGAUAAUUUCAUCUCCACCCCCUAUUUGCAUUGCAUUUCCUUUGAAUUGCAAUGAAUGUGUUGCUGCUUAGUCCUUCCCCUUCACACAUAGACACACACACAGCCGAUGUUUACUACUUUUUCAAGAUGUCUCUGCAUGCUCAGCCUAGACUGCAAUUGGGAAUGCUGGAGAGUUCUGCUGGAAAGAGAAAUGAGAUCAGGGAUGGAAAUCGUGUGAUGAAAUAUAAGUGGUAUUGGCCAUUGUUCUGUUUUUAUAGGCUGUGAACAUUACAAAAAUUACCGCAUUAUUUUCUGCAUUGUUUUUGAGGUUUCCUUUACAUUGAAAUGCAUUGAAAACAAGUAUGCAAUCAAUUACAUUUUGGCCAUAGCGGAUAGCAAGAUGCAUAAGGUAGGUUUCAGCGGAAGCCGAACUGUAGCAGAACGGAAGCAGCGCUGACUGCGGCAAGCACAGCAUGGGGUGGAAAUCUCUUCCUCCUUACAUCCCUAGCUGCUGCCUUUGGCUGCGGAGUUCAAGGAGGGCCAUGCUCUAAGACAUCUUUCUUCUAACUAGUCAUAGUUGUUAAAGAUGGAGAUUGGAACAUCUCUCUUGUUUACUUGCAGGAGGUUUAACAGGAAUCCGGUGGCUCAGCUGUGGUAUUUGGUCAAGUGUGUCUAUUUUGGUUUGUCGGCUUAUCAGAUCAAAUGCGGUUACCCCGAACGGGUCUUGGGCAAUGUUCUGACUAAGAGCUACAAUUGCAUAAACCUCUUCUUAUUCCAAGGGUAAGCAGCACUUUUAUAAAGAAGGGCAGAGAAACCUAAUAAUAUCCCCAUGAAACGCGAGCCAUUAUGUUAACAAGCCAAUCACAAAAGCAAGAAAGAACGGCUGACGGGGGGGAAAGGGGGUGGGUGGGUGGAAAUCUCCAGGUGCUUGAAGGAAGAUUUAUUGCAGGCCUGUGCUGGAACAAAUAAUUCCUCAGGGGUUCUAUAAAUAUAGAAAUAACAUACAUAGGAAACGGAAUAGUAAGGUAAAAGAGGUCCUUACAGUCUCACACUGAGUUACUGUGAAACAAAAUUAUCCAUUUACUAUUUUGUGUAAGAAAUUUUAUUUUUAUUAUUAUAUUAGUUGCUUUUUUGCCACAGCCCCUCAAAUAAACACAAACAUACAAUAAAUUACCAUUUAUAAAAAUCGAAAAAGCAAUUCUUUUUUUAGAAAAAAAACUAGAUUGAAACAUCUCACCCACGUAAAAAGGCCAUAGCCUGAAGAAGUAGGAAUGUUUUUGCCUGGUGCCUAAAGUUAUGUAAUGGUAAAAAUUAGAAAAAAACUUUCACUGUAAUAAUUGUUACAAGCUUUUUUAGAGUAAUGUAGCCUGCUUAGAGGGCAGGAAGGUAGGAGGCAGAUGCUGGCUUGAGAUACCUCCUGAAGUUGUGUGUUCCAGCAGCUGCUUGGCUGUAAACAUUAUUGGGUGGCCUUAGGCAAGUUGGGAUUCCUCCAUUCCUGCAUAGAAGAGGCUGGAAUGAGAAGUGUGAAGCAGUUUGCACAUUAGAAAGGAGGGGAGCAGGUUGUGUAUCAGACACACACACACAAUAUCUGCCAAGUGUUUCCAUGUGCAGCGUUUGCCUGGUGCCUCUAAUCUUGGAGGUGGCAUAUAGCCAUGCUUACUAGUCUCUACCGAUAUCCUUGCCCUCCACAAGUUGGUCCAAACGCCUUUUAGAGCCCCUCUCUCAAUUUGGCCACCACUAGGCUACAGCAGAUGCACAAUGGUCUUAAUCGCCCCAUUGACUAGGACACAGUUGGGCUUUUAUGCAAUGCCAAAGGGUUUCCCUGACUUCUGAAGUGGGUAUAAUAUGUAGGGGAAAGCGUCGUGCUCCUUCCUGGAUAGUUUGUCAACUUUGGGUCCCCACCCUGCACUCGGAUCUCACCUGUGGCUCCUAGAAGCUGUCGGUGUACCGUAGCGGCCACACCCUGGGAAACGGCUUCGACUGGUUGGCUAAACCAGGUGAGGGUAGCGGAUGAGUCACAAACCCUCAGUGAGUUAGGGUAGGGACAAAGACAAAGCUCUAGUGGAUUAAGUGGACAAGACGAAGAGUGGGUCCAACGGUCAAGGAGGUGGUUUCUGCUUGUGCUGUGGAGGGAAGAGAGGGGCAGAUGGGGCUCAUCAACCUGGGAAGGUAGCCCUCCUGGAGAAGGAAAACUCUGGUCCUUAACCUCUGCUACCUUCUGAGAUACUUUCAGGAGAAGAAAAGGCUGUGAAGUAAACCCUGCAGAAAUCCAGAGUGGAGUCCCUAAGACAGUUGGAUGGUUCCUUGUACACCACCUUCUGGUAACUCCUGCAGCCAAGCUGGUUUCAGUCCCAGAGAGGUGACUUCAGUGUUGCUAAGACAGCAAAAGCAAUGCAGGAGGCAGCAGUUAUGAGUUACUGGUCUCUGCAGCCACAGCAGGUGCUGUGAUUCUCCAGCGGUUUGACUUCACAUUCCAUUGUCUCUUGAGAAAGAUGGAUGCCAACAAAAGGGCACCAGAGUUUGAGAAUUUGUAUCACUCUUACAAUACUGGGAAAGCCUUUUUUUUUGGACAGGCUUUGACUAUUUUGGGUUCUUACUGCCCCAUUAACUAGCCACCGUUUUCCUCCUCUGUGCAGCUUCCGCCUGAUACCGUUUUUGACAGAACUGAGGGCUGCCAUGGAUUGGGUUUGGACCGACACCACACUCAGCCUCUCCAGCUGGAUCUGUGUGGAGGAUAUCUAUGCUAACAUUUUCAUCCUGAAAUGUUGGAGAGAAUCUGAGAAAGUGAGUCCUGUUGCUUAAGGGUUACCAUUAGCCCCGCCAAUCAAGAUGACUCCGGGUGGUCCAUCAGGAGCAAUGACUGGGGCGAAUCUCUCCUGUCUGGCUGCACAAGUCAACAAGUUUAAGUGUGCCUAACUCUGUGGUGGAAUGUGGCCUACACUUCUCUGCUCAUAUUUUGUAAAUGCAUGUGGCCCACAAUAACUCCCUCUCACAAAAACACAUGUAAAAGGACAUUGAAUGUGAACCAGCCCAAGCCAAAGAGAAAUGCUUUUGCCUGGCACCUAAAGAUAUGAGGCAAGGUGAGCUGACCGCCUCAGGUGGCAGGAUUCAAAGGGUCAGCACAUCCCAGUGUAGAUGAUUAUUUCCUCUUUGUUCCUGGUGUAGAUUAUCACUCCCUCCCUCCCUCUUCCCUGGUGGGGAGGGAGGUGUUAGGAGCCAGUGUGGUGUAGUGGUUAAGAGCGGUAGACUCGUAAUCUGGGGAACCGGGUUCGCGUCUCUGCUCCUCCACAUGCAGCUGCUGGGUGAGCUUGGGCCAGUCACACUUCUCUGAAGUCUCUCAGCCCCACUCACCUCACAGAGUGUUUGUUGUGGGGGAGGAAAGGAAAGGAGAAUGUUAGCCGCUUUGAGACUCCUUCGGGUAGUGAUAAAGCGGGAUAUCAAAUCUAAACUCUUCUUCUUCUUAUUUUGUGGUUUGCCUCAAGCGCCAAAAGGCUGGCUCUGAGUGGAAUAUAUGUAGGAUAGUCAAAUAUAUGCAAAUUAAGCAAAUGCGUGGAAUUCUGUUUUUCAGAAUGCUGAGUUUCUCCUACCUUGAUGCACAAGUUGGGGGUUUUAAAAAAAAUUUUAUCAGCAGAGUAUACACACAGAUUUGUUCCCAUUCUCCAUUUUGCAGAAAUACCCCCAACCUCCUGGGCAGAAGAAGAAAUUGCUUGUGAAAUACGGGAUGGGGGGCUUCAUUGUCUUUGUGCUCAUCUGCAUCGUGUGGUUCCCACUGCUUCUUAUGUCACUGGUGAAAUCAGUGGCGGGAGUAACUAACCAGCCUUUGGGUGUCUCUGUCAAAAUUACCAUCAGCGGUUAUGAGGUAGGUCCGCAGGAGGUGGAGGGUCAAUUUAUAAUUAAGACUGGGGAUAAGUAUUUUCGAUGAGUACUGGAACAUUUCCACCAUCCAAAGCUGUUGCUUUAACACGACAAAAAAAUAGAGUGGAGUUAUAGCUCAAUGAUCCUUAACGUCUCCAGUUAAAGGGUUGUGUCUAACAGUGCCAUUCUGCUUGUAGGGACGCGGGUGGCUCUGUGGUCUAAACCACUGAGCCUUUUGAGCUUGCUGAUCGGAAAGUCAGCGGUUCGAAUCCCCAUGGCGGGGUGAGCUCCCGUUGCUCGGUCCCUGCUCCUGCCAACCUAGCAGUUCAAAAGCACACCAGUGCAAGUAGAUAAAUAGGUACUGCUCCGGCGGGAAGGUAAAUGGCAUUUCCGUGCACUAAGGGUUCCCUUGGGUGUCCCGUUGCACCAGAAGCGGUUUAGUCAUGCUGGCCACAUGGCCUGGAAAGCUGUCUGUGGACAAACACCAGCUCCCUCGGCCUAAAAGCGAGAUGAGCGCCACAACCCCAUAAUCGUUUUUGACUGGACUUAAUCGUCCAAGGGGUCCUUUACCUUUUGCCUUUUAGUUCAUAGCAAGUGUCAAUGCCAACCAACCUGGUUCUUCCGUAAUCUGGAGCUGCCAAGCGCCCUCUUCUCCUUCAGAUUCCUGUAGGAAAUGCCCACUUUAUUUCCCAUUGGAACUCCUAUUCUUUCAGAGUCGCAUGCUAUUAUCCUCUGGGCUCAGCUAUGGAUCUGUGUUGCUGUGUGAUGCUUGGAAGUGAUUGUUCUGUUGAUGCUGCUGUGAACCGUGCUGCUACAGAGUUUGAAUUAUGGGUGCUGAAAUGCAACUAAUCCAGAGCUGUAGAGCUUGUGGGUUGGUUAGCAUCAGCCUGUGACUAGUGUGUAAAACUGACCUUUGGGUCUGAUCCAGCUAAGGUGUGAUGAGGUACGUCUGUAUAGUGGAGCUGAGGUUUGUAACACAGGAUUUCAUCCUCUUUCUCCUAGUCUUUGUUUACCAUGAGUGCUCAGCAGCAGAAUCUGGUCCCUUUCACUCAUGCGGCGUAUAAUGAACUCACCACUCAAUAUGCCCUCCAUCCUGUAAGUAUAUUUUAUUGUGCACAAGGAAACCUCCUGCAGAAAAAAUUGCCAUCCUUUUCUCUUUCUCUCCAACAAUAGCUGGUGAGACCCAAUUUGAAUUAAAACUGGAUUUGAAUGGUAUCUUUACUGGAUUGCCAAAAGCAGGUUAGAUAGGAAUUUAGCUCAAGGCGAAGAAGUUUCUCUGUCUUGCUUGGAACAACAGCAAACAAACCAAAAACAUUUGUGUUUUCUACAGUCUGCCAUGCAAUUUAUAGUCAACUAUAGCCCAGAGGACGUCAUCGUUGCUAAAAUAAAAGGCAAUGCCAGCUUGCUGUGGAGCAUCAGCCCUGCAAGUCGGAAAGCUAUGAUUGCAGAACUCUCCAAUUCCUCCGCAAUCUACAUCAACUUCCACUGGACUCUUCUCAGGUUUUUAUCUUUUUAAUAUUAAGUGUAUUCUGUGUAUGUGUAUACAACCACCCCUCUUGCAGGUUUCCCACUGGUAUUUGGUUGGGUGCAGUGAGAACAGAAUGUUGGGUUAGAUCCAGCAGGCUUUUCUUGUGUCCUUACUCACUGGUGUGGAGUAGCAGCACCUCUCUUUUUUGCUGCCCAUGGCUGUCACGUUGUUGUGGUUGUUGUUGUUACUAAGGAACUAACUGAAACCUGCUCUGAUUAGUGACCUCACACCCAACCCUCCAAGUCCCACCCUUUGCACUGCAUCCUUUCUGCGACACUUUGUCAAGUAGAUUUUUCAGAGGAAGCCAUCGCUUGGCAAACCCGUUUUGUUGUCCGUUUCAUACGAGGCACAUAGCGCAAGAGGAGAAUCUCUCUCUUCCAUAACGCCUGCCCUGAAGAACAUCUAAAGCUUCCCUUAACCUUCCCUUCAUAUCCUUAUCGAAUCAGGAAUGCCUCUCUCGUGAAGAAUAUUGAAGCAUCCGGCCUACACACGAUGCGCUAUGAAGACAAGGGGAUUCGGGAGCAAAUCGUCGAAAUGCUACGUGGGACCAGAACGGAAGGCGUGUUAGUGUUACGUAUUUCUCCUGAUUCUUUUGGUGGCCAUUAGCGCUUCCCCUGCUACUGUAUGUGUCCCUCAGCAUGUGGUAUUCGGUGGAAUAUGGCUCCUGUAUGUGGGGUCUCCACUUGGCUACCAUACCAUACCAUACCAUUAGACCUUCCUCCUCCAUGGAUUUGUAUAAUAUCUUGGAAGCUGUGUGGGGUACAUGUGAAAAAUGAACAUGUGUUGAUCUGGAAAGGAGCAAGACCUUUAGCAUUCACCAAGGUUUUGCUUUGCUUUUGUUCUGCUCUCCCCCACCCCCAUUUUAGUCUGCUUCCUGGUGUCCUACCAAGGUAUCUGAGAGCAGCUGGCGGAGCAGAAGCUAAAAUGGCCCAUCGGCUGCAAGUGGGUAAGUGGACAAAAGUGGAGGAAAAUCCUGCCUGCUUGAAGAUGAGAGGAGGCCAGAGUUGCAGAGUUUUGCUAUAGGAAGGCAAAGCCAAAAGAUGCAUGCGGUAUCGUAUGAGCAAAAAGCUACUGUCUAAUUGUUCCAGGCAUCUGGAAAUGUGCUGUCUUUGGGUCAAACUAGCAAAAGGAGCACAUGGGUGUUGUUUCCUCCUCCACACCCACAUCCCAAAUUCUUUUCACCCAGCUGCCACUAUCAUGGCAAAAGCUCCAAACAGUCACCCAUACCGCCUUCGUUUCUCACGAGUGCCUCUGAACCCACGCAGGGCCCAGAAGCGCUUUGGGGAAUUAAAAAUGGCAGGUGGGGCUGCUCUAAUUGAAGCAAAGGGUUUUUUAAAACAACAACAACAACAAAAACCCAAAGGUCUCAGAGACUACUGGCUAAUGAGGCACUGCUGUUUUGGGGCCCAGGGGUUGUGGGCUUCCCUGUCUGGAUAUGAACUUCAGAUGUGCAGUGGGUUCUGCACUCCUGAUCCAAGUGCCUCUUUUGUUUUCAAAAUUACCGUAUUUUGCGCACCAUAGGACGCACCGGACAAUAGGACGCACCUUGUUUUAGAGGGGGGAGAACAAGAAAAAAAAAUCUCCCCCUCUCUGCCCAGCGCCCCUUCAACGAAGCGGCAGGAGGCGCUGCGCAGAGAGAGGGAGAAUUUUCCCCCUCUUGUUUUCCCGCUCUAAAACAAGGUGUCGUUUAAGGUGCGUUCAGGCGGCUACCUUGGAAGCCUGGAAGCCUCUCCAGGCUUCAGGUUCCUUUCGACCUGCUCUUUGGGGCUGGCGGGGGGAAGCCCACCACCAGCCCCAAAGAGCAGGUCAGGGAGCAGUGGAAAGGUGCAGCGGAGAGGCUCCUGCCAUAGCCGCACGUCACUUCUCCAGCCGGGAGAGGGUCGCGGGGCUAUGGCUUCUUUAGCCCCGUGCGCGCUCUCCUGGCUGAAGAGGUGACGCGCGGCUAUAGAGGCUCCUGCCAUAGCCGCGCAUCACCUCUCCAGCCGGGAGAGGGUCAUGGGGCUAUGGCGUCUUCGCUCCAUAGGACGCACACACAUUUCCCCUUCAUUUUUGAAGGGGAAAAAGUGCGUCCUAUAGAGCGAAAAAUACGGUAGAUGCCCAUAUAGCUGUUCUCUGUUUAGACCAAGGGUACCCGACGCCCCUCAUCCUUGACCAUUGGCCAUUCUGGCUGGGGCUGAUGGGAGCUGCAGAGCAUCGUGUUGACUACUCCUGGUUUAGACCCAUGGAGCUUCUGCUUUCAUUGCUGAUUCUUCACGAUGUCUUGAUGAAGACUCAGGGAACACACUCCUCUAAAGCCAAUGAACUACUCUUUUGCCACUUCCACCUCAGUUUUGUGUGGCUAAAGUGGGGUUCCAGUUCUCCCUGGGGAUUUUGAGUAUGGCAUUAGAAAGUGGAAGUGUUUGCAAGGACACUUGUUAAAUGUUAGGGUAGCAGGAAGUUACUCUACUCCUCGCUCCUGUUAGCCUGGAAGAGCCUCGGCUCAGUGGUAGAGCAUCUGUUCUGAAUGCAGAAGAGACCCUCAGUUCAGGCUCAGGCACCUCUAGGUAGGUUUGCGUAUUUCCCAUCAAAAACCCUGGAGAGCCACUGCCAAUCAUAGGCAAUACUGAACUGGGUGGACAAACGGUUUGACUUGGUGUGGGGGCAUCUUCCUGUGUUGCAGCUGUGCAAAGCGCCCGCAGCUAUGUGUGUUGUCCUGUGGAUUGGGAGAAAGGCAGGGUACCCACGGUCAGCUCACCCCCACCCCGUAAUUCUCAUUUCCGCAGCUCAUUCCAAUGCGCCAAAAGACGUAGACAAGAUGGCCUUCUUCAGAAAUAUCACCAUCAAACUGCAGCAGCUGCCUGCCAAGGAGUCCUUAAGCCAUGUUCCCGAAUGGUGGGUCGUGAAAGAGCAGAGGCCCGGCUGUUUGGGUAAUGGAUGCAGUAAGAAUAUGGAACUCUUCAUCUUCAACGACAAGGUCAGCCCUCCUAGCCUGGGAUUUCUGGCAGCUCAUGGGUAAGGAAGUCAAACUGGAACCUGUUAUUUCUGGGGCAGCAAUUGAGAUUUGGAUUAAGGUGGCGGCUUGGGGAGACCUGAGAGAAAUCUUUCCCCGCUGUGCUGCCUUGAAAAAUACAGAACAGGCAGCCAAUCGCUGGCAGGAAUUCAAUAUUGCACUGUUGAAUGUUGUCAGUGCAAACAUCUCAGCUUGCCACAUAGAAGAGACUUCCCCCUUCCUUCCACCCUUGCCAGUGUGCUGUUCUGGGGUUUUUUUCCGAACCCCCAGAAUAAAUUUCUGGGGUACACAAGGCAAGAAGAGGGGAAGAAAAGCUCAUUAUGCAAGUGGAAGUCCUUGCACAGGGCUUUGGCUGAUAGGACUACUUGUGUCUAUUUUGCCCAUGGUGCAUGAGACUCUUAAAUCACAGGGCCAUGGGUUUGAGCCCUACAUUGGGCUAAGCACUGCAAGGAGUUGGACUAGAUGACCCCUGAGGCACCUUCCAAUUCUGAGUCUAUGAAAACUCAAAGAACACCCUGAACAUCAUCACCAUCUCUCUCUCCCCCCACUACAGCAUUGUAGGCCUCUACAUGUCUUUUGUUCUGGUCAUCGGAAAGUUCAUCCGAGAGCUUUUCAACGGCAUCUCGCGCUCCAUCAUGUUUGAAGAGCUGCCCAACGUGGACCGCAUCCUGAAACUCUGCACGGAUAUCUUCCUGGCCAGGGAGGCCGGGGAGCUGGAGUUGGAGGAGCAGCUGUUUGCCAAGCUCAUCUUCCUCUACAGAUCUCCUGAAACAAUGAUUAAAUGGACCAGGGAACCCAGGGAAGACUAA